AUGGAAGCAGGGGCUUCCAAAAAGGAACAGGCAAGAGUAGGCUUUGCAAUUAUAGAAUAUCUGCUAUCACCUGGAACUAUAUUUUUUAUAUACAUAUAGUAAUGUAUGAGCCUGGGGUAUGGAUUAAAGUUCUUUUGAGUGACUCUUCAGAUGGACUGUUUCUAAGGUUUGCUGUGCAAAGCUCUUGUCCAUGGAUGGCAAGAGCAAUGCAUUUAAAACUCAAUGGUUUUGUCCCCAUUUGGGGACAAAAUAAACUGAACACUCAUUUCCUAUUAGAAUUGCAAGGAGAUUCCUCCUGUUUUCCAUUCUCAGUGUCCUGCUAAUUGAUGAUGGAGUUCUUAUCUCCAGGUCCCUUCCAGCUCUACAAUGCUAUGAUUCUGUAUGAGGAUGACACCUUCAGAAGAAAAGAGGUUUUAAUAGGAUUUACUCUUUUUCUUUGACAAUAUGUAAAAGGUAAAGGGACGACUCUGUGGUUGCGGCACUCAUCUCACUUUAUUGGCCAAGGCAGCCAGCGUACAGCUUCCGGGUCAUGUGGCCAAAAUGACUAAGCCGCUUCUGGCGAACCAGAGCAGUGCACGGAAACACUCUAUUAGCUCUAUUUGCACCACAAAACAAUGAAGUGCAGGCAUGCUAUCAUAGUGUUUUAAACUCAUAAAAAUGAAAGAUGGAGCUGCUUGUUCAAAGUUGAUGGUACAUAUUCAUUUUAUAUAUCCAUUCUACAGAGUUGUUCAUAUUCUUGUACAGAGUUGCUCAUAUUCUGCAAAAAAACCACAAUUCUGUGUUUCUAAGCACUGAAUUCUCUAAUGUAGCACAAUGUCUACAGUUCUGACAGUCAUGCCUUUUCAGUGCUUCUACACUUUCCAAGAGAGAGAAAAAAUCUAGUCCUCAUAAAAUACUACAAAAUAUGUCUCUUCAGGGCUGGCUAGCUGAUAUGAGGAUAACUUGAGCAUACAGCAUUUUACGUUAUGUUAGCUAAGAUUUGUUAAUUUUGGAGGCUGCAAUGCUAGACACAUUUGUGAAAGCAUAAAAGGAAAAGGUAAAGGUACCCGACUGUUAGGUCCAGUUGCAGACGACUCUGGGGCUGCGCUCUCAUCUCACUCUAAAAGCCAAGGGAGCCAGUGUUUGUCCUCAGACAGCUUCUGGGUCAUGUGGCCAGCAUGACUAAGCCGCUUCUGGCGAACCAGAGCAGCGCACGGAAACGCCGUUUACCUUCCCGCCAGAGCGGUACCUAUUUAUCUACUUGCACUUGAUGUGCUUUCGAACUGCUAGGUUGGCAGGAGUUGGGAGCAGUGGGAGCUCACCCCGUCGCAGGGAUUUGAACUGCCGACCUUCCGAAUGGCAAGCCCUAGGCUCUGUGGCUUACACCACAGCGCCACCCGCGUUCCUUGUGAAAGCAUAAGUGUUAUUAAUUUCAGGGACACUUACUGCUGAGUGAACAUGCUUAGGAUCACAGCUGCACAUGUGGUUUUUUGAAUGAGAGAAAGAAAGAGAUAACAAUGUGUAAACGGCCUGCUAAUAGCUUGAAAACCAGCAGGAGGCUGGUAAAAGCUUCUUAGAGGGAUUUCUGUUAAUUGACAUUUGCUGUGAAUUAGUAGUACUGAAUAACAGUUCAUUUGGAAUUUAUGUUCCUUUAUUGGUUCACAAGUGUUGAGCAGUAAAAGCCCAUGGGUGGGUCAUCUAUCUGUAAGCAGUGGGAAUUAGUAGUUACACAGAACACUUUUCUGGAUUCUCUGCUCUGCUUUCAGCGGCUGGCCAUUGCAAAGCAGAGGGGGAACUAAUGGUUUGCAGGGCUGGCUUUAUGCUUUUGAAUACAGCAGAUUACAUUAUUAAGCAGAGCCAGCCUCAUUUAGAUGUAGCACCAUUCCCCACCAGGGUAAUAGAAUGAAUCAUCCUAUGUUCUCCCAAAGUGCCUACAGAGAUUCCCCAUGUUUGGAGAAGGAGAAACAGAACAUGCAUUUCUCGAUAAAUACUUAUUCGUUUUUAUGUUGUCACUUUCUGACCCAGCAAACACGUAACCCCAAGCCAAGGCUUCGCACAAAAAGAGCAAACUUGUGGGUUCCUAGAGAGAAAAUCCUGGCUGUUCUUCCUCCUUUCUGGCUGCUGCCAUGCAGUGGUGUUCUGUGGGCUGCUGGCACCCAGGGUGGGGCAAGUGUUGCGUCCACCCCCCCCCCCCAGUGAACUGAGCAGCUGGGGUGGAGGCGCAUGCUGGGGGGCAUUUCCCCCUCGGGGGUGCUUUCCCACCAUCCUCUUCCUCUCUCCUCAGUGGACGGUGAUGGCACUCCCCCGCCUCGGCUGGGCUGGGCUGUACAUGGGUGGUGGCAGUGGUGAGAAACAGGGGUGGCAGGCACCUGCGCUGGGAGAGCUGGGGGCUGCCCUUGCACAUCCCGCUGUUGCCUGCAGGCCAUGGCCCCCUGCUGUUGGCAGAGCCAGUGCCAGGAGUGCCAAGUGGAGGCGCCACUGCUCCGCCCGCAGCAAUCCCAGCUCGGCUUUCUCCGCAGCCUCCUCCUCCCUGACCCGGGUCUCAGCCGCUGCUCCCAUGCUGGGUAAGAGAUUCCUGCACUGCACAGAUGAUCCUUGUGGUCCCGUCCAACUCUACAAUUCUGUGAUUCUAUUCUGUAGCCAACUUGAAACCCCACUGAAAGCCAAAACAAAUACUGAAAAUAAGUAACUAAAAACGAAAAGGUGGGCAAGUGUUUUUAGCCAUGUAUUGCAAAUGAGGCUGCUGAGAGGGAGGUGUGUGUACACACACACACACACACACACACACCCUAAAUGUAAAGGGUCAUUUCUAGCCACCAUGAAAAAGCAGUGGCACAGACACUCUCCUGGGGCAGCGUGCCCCAAACGCCUUUUUCUAAGGAAGGACCCCCUUUCACACAGCAAGGCAGAGAGGAGGGGGAGACAAAUAGCGUGUCCAAAUUUCUGCUGCAUUAGCAGCAGUAAAACUCUUGAAAAGAGGAGAGGAAGAGCAGUGGUUUCGGUCACCUCAGGUAGUAUCCUGUCUUGUGCCAACUGUGAUGUAAGGGUGAAAAAUUAGACACAGCUUCUCAGAGCAUCCUAGCACAUAGUGAGAGCAGUUGUGAGGAAGAGAGCAGGAUCCAUUCUGCAUUUUUGUCUUCAUUCAUGUUUCAUUGCAACAGGAAGGUAUCAGGUAACAAGAAUCUUGAUUAUACAAAAAAAAACCCUUUUCUAUUUUUCUGUGUCCUUUCUAAUUAUCUAUUUCCAGGUCUUGCAUGAAAUAGGCAUUUAAACUGAGAUCUUUAAAUAUUCCUAAGGUUGCCAACUUUUUUUACUGGGCCCUGCACCUGUGUAGAUAUUGGCAGGUGAAAAUGUUUAUCACCAGCGCUUUACCUCUUGACUUCCAUCCUUCAAGCAGCUGUUAAGCGCAGAGCAGUUCAGGUUCUUUUUUUCUGAUUAACUGGCAACUUAAAUGCCCUUGUGGCAUUUACCUCUCAUAUGAUGCUCUUCUGGCUCUUUUAUUAAACAGGACUGAUAUUUAUUCCCAUCUGCCCUAGUGUUUCUGUUUGCAGUAACAAUGUUUGGGCUUAGGUGGAUAAAACUACAAAUUAUCUGGUAACAUUUAUACCCCACCCUAGCCUAUGGACUCAGCGUAGCUUGCUGCAAUUUCGCUUCGUUUUAUAUUAACCUGCCCCUAAGCAAAGGCUGCUGGCUCGCAGCGUUGACACCAGAAACUGCUGCCUGCGUCAUUCUGCUCCUAGGAGAUGCUAUUCAGAGGACGCGUCUUUGCCGUAUCCUCAGAACAAAUGCUUUUCACAUUUGCUAGGUUCGCUUCAGGCACUAAUUGAGGCCUGUUUGGUCAUAUGGUGCCACAGACAAAAAUCCGGGCUCUCCUCCUCUACCAUAGUAACGUAGCCUUGAUUAGCAAUUUGUUUUCUCUCAGCCAGGUUGAUACAGGCAAGAAUGUGACUCGUCCUGCAACAGGUAUUACUUCCCUUAGAAACAUGGCUUUUUGUGUUCUAGGGGAAACCCUGAAGUUCCUCAGAAGCUUGCAUAAGGGUUAAAUGAGAAAACUGAUAAUGCUAGGAAAGCUUUUCAGAAAGACAGAUUAUUCAGCACGCUUACAUUCCCUGUCCUGCCUUAUGGAGAUACAGGGGUUUGGGGUUCCUUCCUGGGCAAAUUCUCAGUUUAUACAGGACAAUGGUGAUACCCCGAGCCCCACAUGAUCUGAAUUUGCUAGAGUCCCAGGGUAAGAACCUGGGGGUUCCACAGCAGAUGACAUGACUUUCUGAAGACUGCAUGUUUGAAAAGCACUCCUAGAGUGUACCAUCUUCUGCUCUGAUCCCCCUUACACUUUUUAAAAUUUUGCCUUAACAUCUGGCCUGAAGCAAUUUUCUAACGAACAAAAAAGCUUACAGGCUACUUUGUGAUAUUUCAUUGCUCCUAAAAAGAAAACAAAAGAAAAAGCUACCACUUUUCCUGCAUCAACUUUUAAUGGGGGAUCAGAGUUUGUAAGGAGUUCUGUGCAAACUACAGUAUUACUACAACUUAUUUGAUUGCCAUCCCACUUUUCAUCAAGAAUCAUCUAAGCAGCUGACAACAUUUUUUUUGAAAAAAGAAUCAAAUAGAUUCACCAAAACAAAUGACACCAGCCACAUGGAAGCGGAAGAUAGUCCUGUAACCUGGUAAGGGAAGGUGGUAAAGAGAGAACAAUUAAGCUCAGAGUAGGGGCAGCCUCAGAUGCCUUCUUUGUCUGCCUCCCUGAAUCUCCUGCUCCUGCUGACAGGGUGCUUGUGAUUUGAGAAGGAGGUGGGCUUCUCCCUGCCCUUCUUUAAUUUGAACACCUAGGCCAUGACAUACAAAGCCAUAUAAGGAUGGCAAUAUAAUACCAUCCAUAUGCAAAAUCAAAGCCAAACUUAGAGUGCAAGGACAGGGAAGUGCCAGCUUCAGGUACCCACUCAGCCAUGAAACUCAGUCACUCUUUGUCAGGCAAACCUUGUUCAGAAGACUGUUGCAAGAAUAUAAUGGGAGUAUGCCAGUGGUGGCCCUCCAGGUGUUGCUGAACUACAACUCCCAUCAGCGCCAGCCAGCAUGGCCAGUGGACAAAGAGGAAGAGGAAGAGAGUUGUAGUUCAGCCAUCUUGAGGGUCACAGGUUCUCCCCCCCCCCCCAUAUAUGCUGCCUUGAGCUCCUUGGAGGAAAUGGGGGGGAUAUACAGCAAGGGAAACAAGUCUUGAAAACAAGAGUUCUAUGCUGUAAAUGUAAGGCUUCUAAAAUGGGAUUUAUCCUGGUGAUUUAGUAAAAAUUUUAAAAACAUUCUUUUAAAAGGAAUGACUUCAUCUGAAAUAUUUACCAUUAGCCAUUUAAAAACAAACAAACACCAGGGUAAUAUUAGGGGGAGCGGGAAGAGAAUGACACCCCAUGUCAAGGCUUGCUAUGACACUGUAAAGUGUCUGGAACCAUUGUUGUUGUAAUUAAGUGAACUAAGAGCUUAUCCGUUUUUCAACACCCACAUGGAAACUCACGUCCUGUCUUCCUGUUUCAGUUGGCCUCCAUAUUGUUUCUUUGGCAAGUACAAUUAUAAUUAACUUUGCAAACCAGGCCAUAAAACAGGCAAUAUAAUUUAUGUAUAUCUGUCUGUCUAUCCAUCCAUCCAUCUAUCUGAAGUGUGACAUCAUGUCUUAUGAGAACUGUUUUCAAGAAAGUAAUCAGAUGUCGCCUAAGGGACACAAGGAAAGCAAAUGCUACCCAAUGGCCUUUGGAAUUCACUGGUUCCCUCAGAAUUUUACUAAGUUCUUUAACACAAACCAUCUGCUCUGGCUCCAUUGCUUUCAAAUUUUCAAGUGAAGAUGCCCAGAACUUCAGCCAAUGCAAUGGAAUCCCUCUGUGCCGCCCCGGGCAGAGGUAGCCCACGCUACGCCACUGAAUCCCUUGGUGCUUUGACUGUAGCCUUUCUCUUCAGUGCUCUUUUGCCUAGGAGAGGAUUCUAUGAAACAGCAAAUUUCGACGCACACCUGCUUGGCAAUGAGUGUGUGACUGCAGGGCUUUUGCAAUAGCCCAGAAAACCAGAGGCUACUGGAAAGCCCAACAUGAGUUCGGUGGGAUUUACUAUCUAGAAGAAGCCAUGCUUGCUAGUAGACGGCGCGUCCCAUCGAAGGCAGUGGGGCUUGCUCGCGAGUAAACAGGCUGGGAGCGCAGCUCGAUCCAACCCCGGAUCGCGCGGGGUUCCGCCGGGAGGAUUCCCCCCCCCGUGACGCCGCCCGCUGCUUGGCGCCCCGUUGAGUUCAGCUCCUUCCGACCUCGCCCCGCCGACCCCUGCCGGGGAGGAGCUGCUCGUGCCUCGCCAGCCCUGCGCAGGGCGCGCGGCGCGGCUGCGCCCCCUCCGCCGCUUCUUAAGCGCGCCGGCGGGGUCGACCUGCGAGCAGGCGCCAGCGAGCCCGCCCGCCCGCCCGCCCGCCCGCCUGCUCUUCGCCGCCGCCGCCGCCGCCCUCCUCCCGCCCGCCCUCCCUCCCCGGAGCCGGAGCCCAGCCCGGCGGAGGAGCGGGCAAGAAGCGCAGCCUUCGCCCGGCCAGGAUGUGGGGCGCUCCCUGAUCCGCGCCCCGGGAAGCGGCAAGCCAGCAAGGAGGGCGCCCGGCGCUGCCCCGGGCGAUGGCGCUCUCGCCUCCAGCCCUUUCCCCGCGGGGAGCUGCUCGCCUGGCAGGUGAGUGAGGCGCCCCUUCGCGACCCCGGCUCCCUCCUCUCUUCCUCCCCGUCCCCGAGGCACCGGGAAGCUGCUCUCCGGAGCUCGCUUCCGAGCAAAAGGAGCCGAUCGAGACGCUUCUCCAAAGGGGGCUCCGCUCUCCGGAGCCUCGGCGCUGCCCAGCCACGCGGCCAACUUCGGGCGCUGCCGUCCCACCCUCGGGCGCGGGUCCCUUGCGCGGAGGCGGGGGGCGCAGAGGGAGCCGCGCGGUAACCGAGCUGCUCCGGGCGCCGGGGGCUCCGAUGCCCCGUCGAGAGCGCAGCUCUCCCCAGGAGCCCUCUUCCUCCGAAGCUAGCGAUCGUAGACAUACCUUUUACUUCUCGGCGCACUUGGGCGGGUUUACUCGGAUGUAAAGUCUGGCUUGAGACCCGAAUGGACAGGCUCCGGGGCAAGCGCGCAGAGCGGUGCCGUCUCCUCCGAGGAUUGACCUCGAUGGGACUCGCUUCCAAGGAAGGAUCAGGCUGGAAACGAGUCAGUUAUUCCUGUACCGCCAGCAGCGCGCGGGGGGGGGGGGGUCUUCCAGGCGUCACCUGUUCAGGUGCGCGGUAAUCCAAUGCAAACGUUCCCCAAACGGGCGCCCACGGCGCGGUUCUCGUUUUGCGUGGCUCUACGUCCGUUGACCACGCUCCGGUUCCCGGUGAGUUUGCUGCUUUGGUUGGCAAACGGAAGCAACUGAAUCCAACUUAACUCCGCGCAAGGAAGGCUUGCCUCUUUCUGGCCUCCGGUUCUGGAUCGCUAGCGCGUCUAUUUUUUAAAACAACAAGAACACACCAAGCGCGCGCGCCCCGGGCGCAGGGAGAUCCUCUGCGCAGGUCCCGUGCGUUCCUAUGCGUGCGCCAACCCUUGCUGGGGAGACGGGGCUUCGGGUUUCCGAGGCGGGAAGCGAGCGCCCCAGGCUCCACCCCAAGCAGGUUGUACCCGAGAGGAGCGCGGGAUCCCCCGUGAGACCAGGCCGGCUCCGGUCCCCCCGUCCAGGAUCGAGGAGGUUCCGUGGGCAGCUUAGCGCUUGCGCGACUUCGCUUCGAUGCUGUUCGAGGCGAGGGCGAAGUUUCGCGGGCCAGAAGGCGGCCCACUCGGUUUUGCGUGGCGGGGCGCGGGGCAGAAGUCGGAGGACGGAGAGGGCGCGCAGAUGGACUAGCGGGCGAAAAGGGGAUUGCGAGGGUGGCAGCUUCUUUGGAAACUGGGCUGCCCCAAGGCAGGGCCUGCCUGCCCAUUAGGUAAGGUGGAACAACUGCUUCAGGAGGCAGGAUCCACAGGGCCAGAGGAUCACCAUGUAGAUCUUUAUUUUAUGCUUGUUCCUGAUGUAGAUCUUCAGUCACCCCUUCUUCCCUGGCAGGGAGGGUGGUGCCCAUUUGGUUUCCAUCUCGGGUACCAAAAUAUCUUGGGACACCCUGUCCUUAGUCAGAAAUUUUGUUUGGGCAGGCGGUUUGUGGGGCAGGGUACAACAGCCUGAACCCAGACACAAGCAGCAGUCAUCCUCCCCCUGUGGCCUCCCAGAUGGCUUGCCCUACAACUCCCAUCAGCCCCAGCCAGCUGGGGCCACAGGGGGAGGAAAGCAUUGGGUGUUGAAGUUAUUUGAAUUGUACGAAACAUCUGUGCAUCUUGAAUGCGCUUCAAAGUAAGAUUGGAAAUAAAUGUUCCCAGUGCAACUGAGGAAGGGAGGAGGAUUUGGGGGUCACGGCUGCAAAUGGUAAGGUUUGUCUUUGUGCCUUUGUGCUCAUUGGUUCACCUCUUAGCUGGGCAGUUGGAUAACACCCUGCCUGCCUGCCUUUCCUUUGAAGUAAAAAGGCUAGGAAGGAUCCUGGGAGCUUGGGCACUGUGGCCUUCUGCCAGGGUAAUAUCAGGUAGAUGGGGCUUUGCCAGCCUGGCACCCUGCAGGUGUUUUGGACCUCACAAAUGUGGGAGCUGAGACUGGUAGAAGCUGUAGUCCAAAUUAUGCCAGGGUUGGUGAGGGCUGGAGGAAAUGAUGUUUUUACAGUGAGGUGGUGCUGUGAUGUUUUGGAAUCUCUUGGUUUUCCUGAUCACUAGUUGACAUCAAUAUAACUCUCCAUUAUAUAUACGCACUGGCUUCUCUCUGUUUAUAAAAUAAUACAACACUUCUGAGAGAGAUGGCUGUGGUGUUUUGUUUCUUGUUUAAUCCCAAUCAAACAAUUUCCCCUGGUUUGUUGAGUAGAAAGAUCCUGGAACAUUUUAUUUUAAUCAUUUCAUGUAUUUGUUUUCUCUAAGAGAGCACCUCUGGCUUUCAGGGGAAGUGGUGGAGGAGAGGUGGAAGAGGAACAGUAUAUAAGAGAUGGGAAAAGGAGUUCAAAAAGUAGACAAGAUGGGAGAGAUCCAGAUUCAGCACCCUGGCAUCAUAAAUCCCUUAAUAUUCCCUUCCAUGGCUAAUAGGGUUUUUUGUGGGGGGACUUGGAUGGGGGGGGCGACUUGGAUCAGGGCAGUGUUGUAUAGGGGAGGGUGUACCCCUUUCCUAUGCACUGCACCUCUGACACAAAUGGUCCUGACCUCACAGGACUCCCCCCAUCCAAGGAAAAAGAUUCUUCUAAGGUGCCACAUCACCUCUAAUUGGAUUCACAGCUGUAUAGGGAGGUGAGUCAUAUAUGAGAACAGGAAGAUGGGUAACCUUCACUCUCAGUGGAGAAGGUUAGGCUGAAAUAUCAUGGCUUCCCAGACUGCCUUCCAAAAUACGAUGAUCAUGAAGUAAGCCACAUUGAGCAUAGUGAGACUUGAGUCAGAUUAAACGUGCAUAGGAUUGUUCUUCUGUUCAUGCUUCCGACUCAGCGGGUUUUUGAAGAUUCCAAUUCCAGGAUUCUCUCUACCUGAUAGCUGCCAUGCUGUGGUCCUCUAGCCAGCUUUCUUAACUGGGAUAUUGCUACCAGAUACCAGUCUCUCUCUCCCUCCUGGAGGACUCUGUGGAAUAUACCUCACUUAACCUUGCAGAUUGCAGUGCAUUCAAAACUGAGACAGCAAAUUUGCUGGCUCAUUGUUGGAGGUAAAAUUUCUUGGUGGCUUCACCUGAUGGCCAGUUUCAAUAAGACUUGGAUUUGAAAAUUUUUUGAUUUCAGUGUUUAUGGAACCAGAUCUGUCUUUGUUGUUGCCUCUGAUUAGAUUUGGUGGAGGUUUUUGUUUGUGAGUUGUGAGGGCUACACUAUUUGAUUAGAGUAGGGAUACGGAGAGUUCAACCCUUGUUUCCAUGCCUUGACCGCAAUCUACCUUCAAGCUCCUGUUAACUCUGCUGCAUAAAACAGCGUGUUUUCUACUGUGAGGCUAAUAGUAACUUCAGUGGGAUGAUUGAAAAGUGUGGCAGAAGAAUUGAACAUCUGAUAAAAGAGAGUUUUUCUCCACCUGUUUUCUUCCUCCAGGGCAUUGCUUCCAGAUCUGCCUAUUGAGGGUUUAUUCUGAUGUGUUUGCAGCAAGGUUAUACGGUGUUGUAGCAAACAAUUGCUAUACCACACUUUCCAGAAGAUUUCCCUUUGCUUUCCUUACUGCAAAAAAUUCCUGUCCCUUUCUAGAAGUAGGUUUGUUGUGCAAGAGUGAACAAAUCUACUUUAAUUACACAACCUCAAUAUGAUUGCAUCCCACUUGCAAACUGGCAACAAUCUGGAAGUGGCCUAAGUUUAAAACAGGGAAGAAAAUGUCAAGGAGAACAGAGUAUGUAUUUCGCCACAUUUUGCCUGUUUUGGUCCUAAAACAGAUUUUGGCAGCAUUGCCACAAUCAGAAAUAGACAAGGAGUGUCUCUUUUCUCUUCUUCUGUUAGAAAGAACCACUGACUAGAAAACAAGGCGCUAGAGAAGAUUUGUUCUGUAUUUCUGGACAUCGGUUUUUCAGCUGUCCUAGGAAACUUCUGGUGUCAGCUUACCUGCCUCAUUCUUGGGUGUGGGGAGAGCAUGCAGCUGAAGAAACUAAAAAAGAAGGAAGUGAGCCAGGUAUGUCGCUGUAUUAUUAUUAUUAUUAUUAUUAUUAUUCUAGGGGAAAGGUUAGCAUGCUUGUUUGCAAUGUUUAAAACAUUUUUUUUGACUGCUCCUUGUACAUUUGUGUUAUGAGUCAAUGUUUGCCGUUUUUAAUCACUGGUUUCUUGGAGAGCUCAUUAGUGGAAACUUGUUUCCAUGACGAUGUGACCCCUAAGAUUGUUCUGGUUAUCAUUCUGGCUAGGCUCAGUAUUCAUAGUUGCACAGAAGAAUGGGGGACCAUUAUUUUCCUGCUUAAAAGCAAAUGUCCCUUCCUGUCUCUGACACACCUCCUGUGUAUCUUUUUUUCCUUCCACUUGUGUAGAGAAGAAAGGUGAGGGUGAGCUUGCCAGCACUGUGCAUACAUUUCAAUCUGUGUGGGUGAAAUGAAGAUGUGUUUGGCUGUUUAGUGAUCUUGCACAAAGUUGAGAAGAGAGAUUGAAAAACUUCUUGUCUGUUUGCCAUUUGCUCUGGUGUGCACCUUGGAGUAGGGAUGGUGAAAGUGAAGGGGUGGACUAGGACACCUAUGAAUUUGCACCUGAGUCUACCUGGAAGGCACUGUGGGGCACUAUUUGGGCUAGGCAGGGUGGGGAAGGGGCUUCUCCAGCACUAGCAGAAAGGAGAGGAGGACAUCAGAUAAUUGGGCAAAACAUCACUUAUAGAUGGUGGCAAUGCAGGUUAACUGAAUUGGGCGUGGGGAGACCCGAAUGCUAUUAAAGCACUUAAAUGGACACCUUUGAUUUUUGCCCGACUUCGCAGUGUGUUUCUGAAGAAUUGUGCAUGCACACGAAAGCUCAUACCAAUAACAAACUUAGUUGGUCUCUAAGGUGCUACUGGAAGGAAUUUUUUUUAUUUUGCAGUUGAAUGACAGAGUGAAUUUGUGAGUUGAGCAACAGAGUGGAUGUGUGGAACAGGGUGGAUUUGCAGCCAAGGAAAAGAACGCAUUUGCUUGUAUCUCUCAAUUCCUGGUGGGGAUUCAGACAAGCAUCUUCUCUCAGUGUCCAUUCUGACAUGGAAGGCCUAGUUAGAAUAGGCUCUAGAUUCUCAGCGGAAAAACUUAUUUAUUUGUUUUGUUUCUAUUUCCCUUUCCUCCAAAGCAGCCCAAGUGGCUCACAUGGUUUCUCUCCCACCCUGCUUCCCCAUUUCACCCUCGCACCAAGACUGUGAGGAAGGUUAGGCUGAGAGAAGGCGACUGACCCAAGAUUACCCAUUGAACUUUGUGGCUGAGUAGGUCCCAUGGUCUUCCAGGUCCGUCUGACAUCCUUCCACUACGCCACACUGGCUUAAGAAUAGCCUUGCUGGAUCAGCCAAGAUUAAUCUUUUCAGCAGAGGUCAGCCACCUGCCUCUGGAAGGCCACCAGCAGCUCAUGAAGAGGGAUGGCCAUUGCCUGCAGUUGGCUUUUAGGCUUAAAAUGAACAGGGUGGGGUUCUGUUUAGUUUUCAUGACUGGCAGCUUAUCUUCAGUGAUCCUGCCUUCCGUGUUCUGUAUAACACCUAGGGUAUCACUGACAGCUAAAUGUAUAAUGAGGUAGAAAUUAGGGUUGCCUUUUCCUUUCCUGAUGUUGCUGCUGUGGCUUUAUCAUAGAAGCUUGAUGCACAUGCAUUCUGUGGGUGUAAGUUUCCUCAACAAAUCUCUCUGCCAGGAAAAGCUUUACACAUUUGAUUUUGAUAUCACACUGAUGUUAAACACAGAGGAGGAGGAGGAGGAGGAAAAUGUAGUAACCCAAUGUACUUAAGUGUAAAAACCAUUCAUGUCCAGUCUGGUUCUACAAGGGGGUGGGACUAAGUCUGCUCCAUCCCAUUUCCAUGUGGAUCCAGUGUUUACAUGGAGGCAGCUGUGUUUUUGCUGUACAGUUUCCUCUGACAGUUGCAGAACAUCGCCAAGUCCCAUUGCUUCUGGGGUGACUUGCUCCUCUGCUCUGUUCAAAACACAUGGCUUCAAGAAACCACCUGGGUAGCUAGAAGACUUCCCUGAAGGUUUUAAAAAGGAAAUUUAGAAACAAAAGUGCAGCCCUGAUACUCCAUCAUAAGGAAAUCCACUUGACUGUGGAUUCAGAACUCCUAUCCGAUCCUAGUCAUGAUCUGCCCAGAUAGGAUCAGUUGGGUCUACAUUAAAGUUACGGUAUUCCUUCCUCAUCCCUAUUAAUAAAUGAGAGCAGUAGGCCUUGGGUUUGAAAAUUACUCUUCCAGUAAACUCAAGUUCAUGCAAACAUGCAGUGAAGGCAAUAUGUCAGUUCCCGGGGUGAACUGUGAGGCUUGAAUUUCUGCAACAUGGCUUACCAAACCACAGUGGAGAGUUCAGAAUGGGACUGAGUGGAUGCAUAGUGAACUGAGAUUGGUGUACUUGACAACUCAUUUCUAGCACUUUCACGUGCAAAUCUCUUUUGGACCCCUUGAGUCUGUGACUAUAGUUGCAAUAAUUGGAGGACUGAUGCAAGUUAAACUAAACAUCCAUCUAAGUUCAAAAAAGUUCCUUGCUGCUGAACAGAUUUCAUAGCUUGCCUGCCCACACACCUUUGUUGUUGAUGGUGUAUUGUGGCUCUGAAGACCCCUCCCCCCAAUCCCACCCAUUUCUCUUCUGGUAAAUGGCCUGAUUCAGGUGUAACAUUAUACCAUGGUUUUCUUUCGUUUAUUUAAAAAAAUCUUCAUUCAUAAAUGAUUUAGCAGUAUAUGCAGACCUGGCCCAGCAUCUUUCUUGGAAAAAUAAGUCAUGGUUUGUUGUUGUCUUUCUGAUCGUAGCCAUUCUGUAGUUUCAUGUGUGAAGCUGGACUAUGAAAGUUUCAUUGCCUUAUUGCGGGAAGGGAUUAUGGCAUGACAUAGGUGAGUCUCAUGCAAACUCUACCUUGGCUUGUAUUUAAAAUCGGUUUUUAAAAGUACUCCCUUCUGCUUUUGGUCAUGCAUGUUCAUAGAACAUUCAUACAUUUGCAAGUGAUCUGUGAAAAUGCUCUUAGACAACCACUUUGCAUGAAUAUAAAAUGUUUGUGGUUUGUCCGGCAGUCAACCUCUUUCCACUCCAAAACAGUCUAAGUUUAUUGUCCUUGAGUGGCUUGAGAGUUGCAGGCUUUAGUGAAGCUUAAAGUAAUGGCACUGAAGAAAAUAUAUCUUUUGGAUUUCUAAAUGGAAAAAAUUUGCUAAUGAAAUCAUUAGACAAGUGAGCAUAAAGGCUUGUUGUUUGCACAGAAUUACUUUUCAGAACAUAAUUGCAUUCCGAUAUAAAAGCAAUUAAAAUGUUAAUUUACAUUACAAAAGAUAUUUGGCUUUCAGGUAGGAGCAAAAGAAAAAUCUUCCUUCUUGCAAAGCCUGGAAGAAAAAUGCUUAAAAUCCUGCUAGUGUGGUGUGUCUGUGGUUGUUUAGCAGGGGAGGGGGUUGUUGGUUGGCCAUGCCACCUUAUUCAUUUGCACACCUUUCUGUUAUGUGAUGUCCCCACCUUAAGCCCCAGGUGUGCUUUGGUCAGCUGGCAGGAAAGUUUCAUUAGCUAAUUAAGUAGUGAGUGAAGCCCUGGGCAUGGCCAGGGGCCAGAGGGAUGGGUAAUAAAUUAACACCCGGAGCCUGUGAACAUCUCAGCUGGCUUUUCCUGGGAAAAUGUAUGCUAAUUAAGGAAAGAUUUGAUGUGGAAUUUAGGCAUAGCAUCUCUUUUUCUAGCUCUUUCUGUGUUUUCGCAGCAGCCUGCAAGAGAGAAGGCACGAUGUACACAACUGACAAAAAGUCUUGUGCUCCAAAGUACUCUAGGAAUCUGGAGUUCAUUAGGACCCAAAGACUCUUCUCCAUCAGGAGCACUACUCUUUUACAAAUGUCCACUUGAAUAAUUUUAGGGAUGAAAGAAACCCAUAUUAUGUAACAAAUGUAAUCUAAAAAUGGUUUACAAAUGACACAAACACAGAGCAAAGGCUGCAAUCCUAACCCCACUUACGCAAGAGUAAGUGCCAUUGAAUUCUGCCUUCUGAGUAGACAUGUUUAGGAUUGCCCUGUACAUUCUAGCUUAGGUUGCAAUCGUAUGCACAUUUACCGGGGCGUAAACACUACUGCAAAUAGAAGGACCAAAUUGUGGAUGUAAAUGUUUUGAAUGUUCUUGUUAAUACUAUUUUUUUCUUUGAAGUUUGUUCCAUUCUAUAGGUUUCUUGCUGUUUAGAAUCACAAUGAUUUGAGGUGUGUAGGUUGUUGUUUUUUAAAGUUCUUUCACUGAAAUUAUUCAGAUGCAUAUAUAGAAUUUCAUUUUUCAUAGUGCUCCAUUCUUUCCUAAAAAGGUGCUGGGCCAAAUAAAACACACUUUUCAUGUGCACCUGGCUUAGAAGCUGCUUCUUUCAUUAUUUCCUUAAUAGCACCUUGGCAUAUAGACAUUUUUAGGUGAAUAGUUUCCCAUUAUAGGGACACGGGUGGCGCUGUGGUCUAAACCACCGAGCCUUCGGCUUGCCAAUCAAAAGGUCGGCAGUUCGAAUCCCCGCAACGGGGUGAGCUCCUGUUUUUCAGUCCUUGCUCCUGCCAACCUAGCAGUUCGAAAGCACAUCAAAGUGCAAGUAGAUAAAUAGGUACCUCUCCAGCGGGAAGGUAAACGGCGUUUCCAUGCGCUGCUCUGGUUUCGCCAGAAGCAGUUUAGUCCUGCUGGCCACAUGACCCGGAAAAACUGUCUGUGGAGCAGACAAACGCCGUCUCCCUUGGCCAGUAAAGCGAGAUGAGCACCGCAACCCCAGAGUCGUUUGUGACUGGACUUAACUGUCAGGGGUUCCUUUACCUUUCUCAUUAUGUGUCACAUCAGGAGCUUUUGCUGGUUUUGUAUAAGUCUUAUGCAAAGGAAUAGGAAGGGGCCAGUAAAAUUGGUGCCACAAUGCAAACACAGUCUCUAAGGCAGACUUUCCAAACUGUGUUCCAUUCAGAUUAUCUGCGGUGAGCCUCUCAUUUAUAGCAGGAGAUGGCAUAUCUAAAUAUUUCUGUUUCCAGUGUGAUGUAAUUCUUUUUUGAAAAACCCUGUGUUAUAAACUAGCUUUGGGAAAUGACCAUACUCUGUGCAGCAAGUAUUUGGCACUGGCACCUGCAACACUCUUGAGAAGCAGAGUAGUUCCCGCCCCUCCCCCUUCUCUCCCCACUAAAUCUUUUUCCUUUCCUUUCUUUUUUUGCUGGUGUUGCAAGAGGAAAGACCCAUUUGUCCAACUGAACUAGAACUGUCAAUACCACAAACAUAAUGUAUUACUUCAAAAAUGCCUUGGGGGCAUUCUGUAAUCUUCCCUCAAAGCUCAUUCAUCCUCUCAAAUGAGAUCCAAAAUGCAAUGAAUCUGUACAGGAUUAUGCAAGUUUCUAAUAAAGUGCUGAUCUUUGCUAGCAUCUUGCAUUGGCCCAUUUCAGUCAGGAAACUAUGGCUUACCUCCGUAUAUAUGAACCUCAGGCUCAAACACUCUGACUCUCCCCACAUCAAAGGAGGAGAUUGAAAGCUUCCACUUUAAAAAACUCACCAUGGUUCACCAUGACAUCUGAACUCUGAGCCCUAUCGCCUGUUUCAACCAAAGCUAGUGAGAACAAUCCAGUAUCAAACCGUGGCUUCAGAUCCUGGCUUGUUCUCAAACCGUAGUUUAAAAAUGCCAGAAGUCAACAGGAUCAGAAUUUGGUUUGAAAUCUGAAACGAUUGCCUCCAGCCUUCUCUGGCCCAGGAAAGAGGAGAAACAUGCAAGUGGUACAACAUCUGCUUCUUAAGCAGAAGGUUCCAGGCUUAGUCCCUGGCAUCGCCAGAUAGGGCUGGUAGGACGCUUGCCAGAAAUACUUGAGAUCUGCUGCCAGUUAAUGUAGUCAGUGCCGGGCUAGAUGGACGAAUGGCUUGGCGCGGUAUAGAGCAGCUAUCUCGGAUCCCUGACCUUUAGCAUGAAGGUUGGGUCUCUUGAGAGGGGGAGCCCAACAAUCUCUGGAGGGUAUCCAAUUGGGUAUCCCUGCCUUACUGCAUUUGCUUUCCUUCCACCCCCUUUUGGAGGAAGAAUAAAUGCCCCCCCCCCAAAAAAAUUGCAAUAGGGGAGGGGAAGCCAAAUGUUCAAGUGAUGAUUGGUGAGCUUUUUCUGCUCACAGAGAUCAUCCUUGUACACCCUCCUCCAGGUCUCUUCAGAAGGCACUCCAGGAAGGCUCACCAUGUGAAGGAAGACCUAUAGAAUCAUAGAGUUGGAAGAGACCACAAGGGCCAUCGAGUCCAACCCCCUGCCAAGCAGGAAACACCAUCAGAGCACUCCUGACAUAUGGUUGUCAAGCCUCUGCUUAAAGACCUCCAAAGAAGGAGACUCCACCACACUCCUUGGCAGCAAAUUCCACUGUCAAACAGCUCUUACUGUCAGGAAGUUCUUCCUAAUGUUUAGGUGGAAUCUUCUUUCUUGUAGUUUGGAUCCAUUACUCCGUGUCCGCUUCUCUGGAGCAGCAGAAAACAACCUUUCUCCCUCCUCUAUGUGACAUCCUUUUAUAUAUUUGAACAUGGCUAUCAUAUCACCCCUUAACCUCCUCUUCUCCAGGCUAAACAUGCCCAGCUCCCUUAGCCGUUCCUCAUAAGGCAUCGUUUCCAGGCCUUUGACCAUUUUGGUUGCCCUCCUCUGGACACGUUCCAGUUUGUCAGUGUCCUUCUUGAACUGUGGUGCCCAGAACUGGACACAGUACUCCAGGUGAGGUCUGACCAGAGCAGAAUACAGUGGCACUAUUACUUCCCUUGAUCUAGAUGCUAUACUCCUAUUGAUGCAGCCCAGAAUUGCAUUGGCUUUUUAGCUGCCGCGUCACACUGUUGGCUCAUGUCAAGUUUGUGGUCAACCAAGACUCCUAGAUCCUUUUCACAUGUACUGCUCUCAAGCCAGGUGUCCCCCAUCUUGUAUUUGUGCCUCUCAUUUUCUCAGGCCUUCUAACUCUUAAUUUUAUCUCUGCUAUGUUACAUUGCUUUUAGCUGUUAGGUGUCUUUAUGUUAAAAAAUAGUUACGCUUGCUGUGCAUUUUAUUCUAUAAUUUAUUGAUUUAUUUGUAAAGCACUCAGAAAUAUUUGAUUAUUGAAGGGUGGCAUAUAAAUAAACAAUGCUUUCCAAGCUUUUUUAUAUAUAUAAAAAAUAUUUAAAACAGGUUCAAUACAUUUCAAUCAAGGUGGUGGGUGCAUGAAAUAAACCAUAAUUUAAAAGGGAGAGGGAAAAUCCUGAUUAUUCAUCAAAUCCCCUGCCUUAUCACAAGCAAAGCCCACUCAAACAAUUCUUUUUCAUCAGCAUUCUCCAAUUUAACGGUUGAUAAAAGAACUGUGCAAAGAGUAAACAAAAUAUGUUUAUUUAUAAGAGCGUACACUCACAAUUCUCCUAAUGAAUUCACUGGAAAGGGCUCUCAAGUUGGCCUGCCAAGAUGGCCAAUGCUGCUGGAAGUUCUGGUUCUGCCACUUCCUGGGUGUCAUAGCUGUGCCAGUGUGGGGUGUGGUUAGAGUUUCAGACUGGGAUGCUCAUAUUGCUGCUCAGCAAUUUUUAAAAAUAUUAUUUAUUAAAUUUCUAUACCACCCUUCAUCCAAGAAUCACAAAACAGUUUGCAAUAUAGAAAAGGAAAAAUACCGUAUUUUUUGCUCUAUAAGACUCACUUUUUCCCUCCUAAAAAGUAAGGGGAAAUGUGUGUGCGUCUUAUGGAGCGAAUGCAGGCUGCGCAGCUAUCACAGAAGCCAGAACAGCAAGAGGGAUUGCUGCUUUCGCUGCGCAGAGAUCCCUCUUGCUGUUCUGGCUUCUGAGAUUCAGAAUAUAUUUUUUCUUGUUUUCCUCCUCCAAAAACUAGGUGCGUCUUGUGGUCUGGUGCGUCUUAUAGAGCGAAAAAUACGGUACACACCAUAGUACAGUGGUACCUCGGGUUACAGACUCUUCAGGUUACAGACGCUUCAGGUUACAGACUCCGCUAACCCGGAAGUAGUAUCUCGGGUUAAGAACUAGAUUGUUUAAUUAGCCAAGGCCAGGAAGAAAAGGUGCCAAGUGAGCCUCCCUGGGGGGAGCCUUCCACAAGUGGGGAGCCAGCACAGAAAAGGCCCGUUCUCAUGCUGCCACACUCCAGACCUCUCAUGGAGGGGGCACAUGAAGAUCAAACGAUGAUCGCAGGGGCUGGUUGGGUUGAUGUAGCGUGAGAGCUAUGAAAGUCCUUGAGUGACCUUGGGCCCCGUCCGUCUCGCAGCCUAGCCUACCUCACAGGGUUGCUGUGAGGAUGAAAUGGGGAGGAAGAGAGCCAUGUUCCCCACCUUGAGCUCUUUGGAGAAAAGGUGGGAUAGCAAUGCAAUAGGUAAAGAGACCCCUGACCAUGAGGUCCAGUCGUGACCGACUCUGGGGUUGCGGCGCUCAUCUCGCUUUAUUGGCCGAGGGAGCCGGCGUACAGCUUCCGGGUCAUGUGGCCAGCAUGACUAAGCAGCUUCUGGCGAACCAGAGCAGCACACGGAAAUGCCAUUUACCUUCCCGUCGGAGCGGUACCUAUUUAUCUACUUGCACUUUGACGUGCUUUCAAACUGCUAGGUGGGCAGGAGCAGGAACCGAGCAACGGGUGCUCACCCCGUCGUGGGGAUUCGAACCGCCAACCUUCUGAUCGGCAAAUCCUAGGCUCUGUGGUUUAACCCACAGCGCCACCCGCGUCCCUAUAGCAAUGCAAUAAAUGAAGUGAAUAAGCAGACCCUGGAGGAGUUGGGUUUCCUGGUAUAGCUGAGGUUCUCCCAGGGCUCUUUCAGAUGGCAUUGCUCUUAUCAACACAGCAAGAGUGUAGGUCAUGCCCCAAACUAUUAUAUAUCAUUAAAACAGAGGCAUAGGAGUCUGCUGAAUUGCCAUCUGCAGACUUUUCAUAAAAAAAUAUAAAAACUCCAAAUCUCUUUCUCUCUUGCGCACACCUCCAUCAUUGUACAAACCUGUUACGAGAUGGAGCAGUUGCUAUUAUUUAGUCUUUCUGCUUUUCUGAUGAGUGAUAAAUAGGGUCGUCUUGACUGAACGUAUCAGAGUCUGGCUCCACAUUACUCUCAUCUCAUCCAAAAUAGCCGUGUGCAAGCCAGACUCCACUGAGAAUUCUGAAAGCUUUUCCAGAGGCAGUCAGAGUUGUUUAUUCCCGCUUAUCUUCCCUCUCCUUUAACACCUAAUUUUCCCUACUCCUCCCCCUACCAGCCCCUAGAGAAAAUUAGCUGCUAAAGGGGAUGGAAGAUGAGCAGAAAUAAAUAGCUCCGCUUGUUCUAGGAGAACAGAAUUCUUUAUUAGUCCAAACCUUGCUUGCCUGUGUGGCAAGGUCACUUGCUUAUUCGCUUUGGGCUGCUUCAUAAGUUAGCUCCUUAAAAUGUCGUUGUAAAUGCCUAAAAUGUGCAAGCGUGCAAACACCUGUUUGUAAAUGUGUAUGAUGUACGUGACUUUAUUGAGACUGCAGCCUUUCUCAAUUUUGGGUCUCCAGAUGUUGGACUACAACUCUCAUCACCCCUGACCACUGGACCUGCUAGUUAGGGAUGAUGGGAGUUUAUGACAUUGAAUUUUUAAUAAUGGCUCAUCUAAUAUUGCCAGCUGCUUUGUUGCCCCUGCCAACAAUAUCAGGGGACCCAAGGUUGAGAAAGGAUAGUUUAGAAGUUAGAUUGGCAACUGUCCCCUGGCUGCACUCCAGUGUAACAUGUGAGAUGGCUCUUUAAGGCAAAUGUAACAUCAUUACUGCAAUGUAGAAAUGUUUUUCUAGUCAUUUUUCAGCAAUUAGUCUCUUCAUUUCCAGUGCUUUCCAAAAAUAUUCAGGAAGGUAUUAAAUCUGAAUUUCCUACUGCCUCUCAUCUUUCUCUGCUAACUUCCACUUCUAAAAAACAAAAAAAACCCCACCCCAUCCUUUUGUCUUUCAAAUUCCUCUGGCAAUUUGCUGAAGCCUUAGGCAAAAUCAAGAACAAAUUCUAGUGCUGAAUUGCAAAUUGCAUGCAAUUGCAUGUAAUUUCCCACAAACUUUUAUUAAAAUAAAGAACCGCUAUGGGAGGCUACCACUUCACUCUGUAAUGUUGUGUAACAAAUUUUCUGUGAUCUUUACGUAGAAGAUUACACACUUCUGAUUAAAUUUUAAAGAUGAAAGUAUUUCCAAAUUGCCUUGCUGUGACUCUGUCCAACAAGUUCUAUCUUGUGUUGGAAACACUGAGUCAGUGUUGGUUUUUAAAUCUGUAUGAAAGCCAGAGACAGGUUAGAUGCUGCCUAAAUUAAAUUGCCUGGUUAUUAGAAACAAAGCAAAUGCAAUCAAGAAAGCCAUCUGUUGUAUCUGAUUUGCUAUAAUCCCUUUUUACAGUGUAAAUGUUAUUGAUGUUUUUAAUCUAAAUGUGAUAUCGCUAUUGGCAACAACAACAGGGACACCAUACAGCCACAGAAUUCUGUGGCCCCUUGCUCCCUUCCGCACAGUGUGUUCAGCAUUUGUGUUGGAAGGAGCUACAGAUGCUCACCCCCCUCCCCACCCCCACCCCCACCCCCCGUAUUAGGCUAUCCAGUCCAGUCCAGCUAAGGCCAUACCUGUGUAAAAGCAGAAUUCUGUAUCCCUCUCCAUACCUCAAUCAGGCAUUGGGUGUGCAAGCAGGUGCUCUGUAUGGUUGUUAUCUGAGCUGGAUCAUCACCCUCAGUGCUUUUUGGCUCAUUUUGCUGCCAGUCAUAUGAAUGCAUGUCUAGUUCAACAAAGGUGCCACUGGAUAGGUGGUUUUUGUACUGAACAAAAACCUGCUGAACCUUUCCUAUGAAGCCAGCAGUGAGUCUUUUUUGUAGGGGUGGGGGCUUCUGCUCAAACUGCAAACAACUCUACUGCAUUCAAGAAUCUGGAGUAAGGUGUUACCAAAUACGCUGAUGACACUCAACUCUAUUUUUUGCUAUCAUCUAAGCCAGAUGAGACUCCACUGAUGCUGAAAUCAGUGUCUAGACUCACUGAUGGACUGCCUACAGUCAACAAUGGACUGCCUAAGAGCUUAUUAACUGAAGCUGAAUACUUGAAGGUGGAAGUAGUCGGUUUCUGGGUCUAUGAAAUUGAAGUUCCUCCUACUCUGUUCUUCCAAAAGAGCAGCUAUACAUUUUCAGGGUACUCCUAUCAUAACACAGUUUCCAACUCUCCAUUAAUGUGGGAAAAGACCAUGGAGAGGAUAACUUUGGUCAGAAAGCAGAUUUGUCUCUGAUGUCCCUGCCUUCUUUGGAGUUCCAGCAAUAGAUGCCCGUGCUUCUCCAGCCUGAAGAGUUCACGUUGGCUUUCUCAGACUCCCUCUCAGAAUUCACAGCUAAACGCUGGUCUCUCCCACAUGGCCAAAGUCAGCUGCACCUAAAACAGGCUGGGUCUCUUUCAGGGUAGAGGUUCCACUUGUUAGGGAUGGGGCUAGUGGCUCAGAGAAAUCGCACCUGGAGGUCUACAUGCAGCUCAGUGCUUGUGGGUAAUAUUCUUCUGGCUUCUCCGACUGGCAGGUCACUUGGAGCUAUCCAGGGCACUGUUUUGCCCAACUCUGCUUGUUUGGGUCUUUUGACCUUUGGUUGGCUUGGUUGACCUCAGUAGGAUCUGAUCUUCAUAGAAUCAUAGAAUCAUAGAGUUGGAAGAGACCACAAGGGCCAUCGAGUCCAACCCCGUGCCAAGCAGGAAACAUCAUCAGAGCACUCCUGACAUAUGGUUGUCAAGCCUCUGCUUAAAGACCUCCAAAGAAGGAGACUCCACCACACUCCUUGGCAGCAGAUUCCACUGUCAAACAGCUCUUACUGUCAGGAAGUUCUUCCUAAUGUUUAGGUGGAAUCUUCUUUCUUGUAGUUUGGAUCCAUUGCUCCGUGUCCGCUUCUCUGGAGCAGCAGAAAACAACCUUUCUCCCUCCUCUAUGUGACAUCCUUUGAUAUAUUUGAACAUGGCUAUCAUAUCACCCCUUAACCUCCUCUUCUCCAGGCUAAACAUGCCCAGCUCCCUUAGCCGUUCCUCAUAAGGCAUCGUUUCCAGGCCUUUGACCAUUUUGGUUGGUCAAACCAAACCAUCUUGGCUUUGUCUGACCAUACUCACUGAAGUCCAGCCUUGGCUUGUUUGACCUUACUCUGCUGAAACCUGAUCUCAGCUUGAUUGACUUUGCUACAAGAUACUGAAGCAGGAUUAGUGGUUUGUGACCCUUUCUGGAUUCUGUGGUUGGCACAUGUUGCCAUUUUGGUUAGAACCCAGCCCUUGCAUUCUGCCUAGGACAGAACAAUUCCUUGAUCCAGCAAUGUCAUUUGAGACCCAAAUAGUCUUAGUGGCCUGGAGUGCCUUUAGCCAGGUGUGACUGUUCCGACAUUGAUGCAUGCUCUGGUUAACCUCUCUCAGUUGGAUUACUGUAAUGUGUUUUUUGUGGGGCUGCUCCAGUGGGUGGAAAGUUCAGCUGCUAUAAUUUUGAUGGAUAUAGCUUGACUUGAUAUUAUACCUCUUUUGAAAGAUCUGUUUUGUUUGCCUGUUUGAUUCUGAGCACAGCUUUCGGUGCCGGUGCUUGACAAUUAAAGCUCUAGAUGGCUUGGGGCCCAAAUACCCGAGGGAAGUGUGUCUUCUCAUACCAGCCUGUCUUGUGUCUUACAAGCUUCUGCAGAAGCCCUGCUCCAAGCACCCUCUUAAUAGCAGGCCUUUUCUGUGUUGCUGCCCUGACCUUUUGAAACUUGCUCCUCCAUGGAGGCAAGUCUGGAAUUGACCAAGGCAUUUUGGAUUUUAGCUGCUUUUUGAAACUUUGUCCUGCCGCAUCAGACCAAAGACGCAGGUAGUCCAGUAUCCUGCUUUCACAGUGCUCAGCCAGAUGCCUACCUGAGUAUAGCAGCACUCUUACACUUCUAAUUCCCAGCAAAUGGUAUUCUAAGGCAAACUGCCUCUCACUCUGCAGGUGGAACAUAGUCCUUGUGGCUAGCAGCCAUUGACAGCAUUAUGAUGAUGAUGAUUAUUAUUAUCAUCAUCAUCAUCAUCAUCAUCAUAUCAUCAUCAUCAUCAUUAUUAGCCAACAUGAAUGUGCCUAAACCUCUUCUAAAGCCAUCCAAAUUGGUGCCCAUCAAUGCUUCCUGUAAGAGUAAAUUUCAUAGUUUAACAUCUUGUCUUAUCCCAUGACUACUAAGUUUAAGAUUUUUUAAAAUACAGAGUUAUUUUAUCAAAAGUUUUUUGGAAGUUGGAAGUUCAUGUUGUCUGUCUAUAUGCUUGUUGUCAAAUAACUCUAAAAGCUUUGUGAGAAGCCAUGCCUAUUCUGUCCCCCCACCCCCUGCAGUUUGGGGCUUUUUAUUUGUAUCUUGUGUGUUUGUUGGUUGGUUUUAAGUUCAAUUUAUAUGUUAAGCGGAUUAGUUUGUUUUGUACACCACCCUGAAAUCUUUUGAUGAACACCUGGAAUGCUUUUGGUGCAAGAGAUCUUUUUUUAAAAAAAAUGUUUCUCCUCAUUUCCACAAGGGUAGUGGAUGUAUUAGGAUGGAUUACCUCUGCAGGUUGAUUGAUCUACAUGCUGGGCCUUAGAGGAUUGUUUGGGGGGGGAGUUUUGGGAGGUGGAAUAAAAGUAGCAGUUUCUGAGGCAGUUUUUAGAUAGGGAUUAGGAUAGGGUUUAGUUGGGGAGAUAGGGCUUGAUUUGAGAUGAGAGAUAGGGAUUAGGAUAGGGUUUGUCUGAGGGAGAAUUGGUUCUGAUUUGAAUUGAACAUCUGCUCUGAGGAGACUAUAGAAAGAGGAAAAAGCCUUGCAGCUUAGAUAGGAAGACCAGGCUGAGUGUCUAGGGAAGGUGGACAGACCAGAGUUACCUGGAGGGCUGAGUCUGAGCCAGGAGAGGGAGAACCUGUGGGAAGACAGACUCCCUGGGUCCGUUAUACUGAUUUGAAUACCUCAGGAGUGGGAUUGUUAAGAGAGUGGGUAACUGAUGGAAAGUGCCCCUCACUCAUGAACCAAAGUAUUAAGCUGUGAAGGAAGCUGUGCUGUGUCUAAAAUAUUUAACUGUCACACCUGACACAACUAAGUAAAGGAAUGAGAGUGAAGUAACAGAAACCAAGUUAAGCAUUUUACCACCUAUUCUAGAAACCUGGACAUCUACCUGAAGCAUACUGGCUGAUUUUUAGCAAGUGAAGUUUAAAAAAAGCUUUGACAUCUUUAUAUUUAGUUUAAGUAAUAAGUUAACUUCUACUGAAAGAAUGCAUCUCCUGACCCAACUUUGUUUCACCAACCUCUUUUUGUAAAUAAAAGUUUUCUUGUUUGUUCAACUCCUGCCUGACACCCCUGAAUUGAAGUUUCCCUCACACAAGACCCCCGCAAGAUAGCUUGGGGUAAAUUGUAGAAAUUCAUUUUAUUGGCAUACCAUGCAGUGGGUCUGCUAUAUUCAUUUGGGGGUGAUUAGUGGGCUGAGUCUCUACAGAAGACAAUUUGGGUGUAGACACAGAAGCUCCUCCCUUUUGCGGCUGAGUGAAAAUUCCUUCUCGGUAUGUUAGGCUUGACUGGUAAGGCAGGUCUGGGAACGAGGGCCAGAGGGCAAGUGGAAGAAGCCCUAUAAUGAGUUUGACCAAACAUGACACAGAGUGUGAUUGAAGGCCUAUGUCAGUGGUGGCAGAGAUUAUUCCCCUGCAUCAUCAUCUUGGCCAUGCAGGCUUUUCCUUCAGCAGAGCUCUCUGAGUGGUGAAAUAACUGCUUUAGCCUUAUCCUCAUAGUUUUGGGUUUUUGACUCCCCUGCCCCCAAAUUGGAAACAUACUGUGGCCAUUUUAGGAAGUGCUUUGUAGGUAAAAUUCCUUACAACCGUACUGAUUUGGGGUGCUAAAUUGGGAUACCAAAUCCUCAGUGGUCCAGACCCUCUUAAUCUUGCUACAUCCGAUGAACUUCAGCUAUUGACACUAGACGAGGCAGACAAAUGUGCUUGGGAUUGUUCAUCCUCAAUCUGCCCAAUCGUUAUUUAUCAUGACUGAUGAAGGUUUGCCCGGGGAGUUUAUUGAGUGGACUACUGCUAGUUAUCUGUGAAUUUGAGAAGGAGGGAGGGAGAGCAAUACCAAGACUGGUAUGAGACCACCUUUGAAAGAACCCCACGUUGAUCCUUUGUGCUGUUAUGUAUCAGAGCAAGGAAAGGCCAAUGCACAAAACAAGUUGAAAUAGGUCUAAACUGCUUGGUUCUUUCUAUGCUCUGACCCAGUAUAUAAGGAAGGGUAUAUGUAUUAUGGUAUCAUUUCUGUUCUUGCAACAAACUUCUGGUCAUCUGAGAAAUGAUGACUUUCUUUCAGUCUGUCUUACAUGUCAUUACUAAUGCAAGAGCGCUGAAGAAUGACUGAAGGUAAUCAGCUGCAACCCUUCUCCUGCAGCCUAAAUUUGAAAAAUAAUCUUUCUUUAUACUAAUGCAGUCAUUCAGCUUGAAUUAAGCCUCUAUGUGUGUGUUUUGCAUUAAGGCUUUUAUUGCACUUGAUUUCAUUAUUUGUUCCCUUUUCAUGGCUGAAACAUAUUAAUCAGCAGCUUGGCUGUUUCUGUUCCUUUUCUUGUUAACUUUCUACCUCUGCGUUUCAAUCAAUUGAUGUUAUUUAUGCUACAAACCACCAUGAGAACUUCUGAUCAAGGGUGGUAUGCAAAUUUAAUGAUUAAUAAAUAAUAAUGAGAUUCCCCCCUCUUUUGUGGUUUGCCACAAUAUUUAACCUUCCUACAAUUAUAAAAAUCACUUGAUUAAUCUAAUAUUAAGGCCAAAUGGGCUACAGUUAUGUCACAUGUGUGUAAAUGAGGAGUAUUUGAUGCUGACUCUAAUGUAGUAUAGAAAUAUGAUAACUGUGUUAAGGCUGUUUGCAGUCUAAGUAGCACAGCAGGAUCUUGUGUAUCAAGGACCUGCAGUAUAACAACCUCAUCAAGGCUCAACGUAUAUUUUAUUAUAUAAAAAUAAUAAUACAUGUGACUCAGGAUCUCAGUACCUGAAGGACCACCACUUCUGACAUGAACCAGCCCUGACCCUGCUGUCUUCAUCGAAGGACCUUCUCUGUGUGCCAGGGGAGUGGGGGAGGUUGGCUGCAUAAGAAUGAGCUUUUCAGUGGUAGCUCCCUGUCUGUGAAACACGCCUUGUGCCACCAUUGUCAGGUUUUAGGUGCCAGGUGAGCCAUUUUUAUUUACCCAGGCUUUUGAUGUUGAAGCCAGUCUCCACUGUAGCGCUAACCUUUAAGAGGGUGGGGAAUAACUUUUCCUCCGUGUUGAAUAGCUGGGUGAACAUUUUUAGGAAUAUUUACAUGAUUACUUGGUGGUGACCAUAACCAGGAAGGCUUCCAUUCAUGGUCUGAAUGCAAUUGCAGGGUCUUGUGCCACUUUGUGUGUGCACUGAGUCUAAGAAAUUGAAAUGAGAGCUGCUGCUGUAGAGAUCUAAUUGUUGCCUUCUAACACUCUUGCACUGUGUUCCUUUGCUGCUCUUGGUGGAAUGUAGUAUCUCUUGCUCCCCACCUCCCUUUUUAAAGUCAGGUUGUGCUGCUACCAUGUGGUGUUAACCAAACAAUUUGGUGUCCUAGACUGAGAUUUUGCAAUCUAGCAUAGCAAUUAAUCUUAGAGUGGUACCUCGGGUUACAGAUGCUUCAGGUUACAGUCGCUUCAGGUUACAGACUCCGCUAACCCAGAAAUAAUACCUCAGGUUAAGAACUUUGCUUCAGGAUGAGAAUAGAAAUCAUGUGCCAGUGGUGCAGCGGCAGCGGGAGGCCCCAUUAGCUAAAGUGGUACCUCAGGUUAAGAACAGUUUCAGGUUAAGAACGGACCUCCAGAACAAAUUAAGUUCUUAACCCAAGGUACCACUGUAUUAGGAACUGCUAGUAGACACUCUCAGCUCUUCAGGAGUUCCCUGGAAGUUCCACCCUUUUGUUCCCUGAGGCAGGAAUUUCCCUCACCACCACAACACCAAUUUAUUACUUAUAACCCACCCAUCUGACUGGGUUUCCCCAGCCACUCUGGGUGGCUCCCAACAGAAUAUAAAAAACACAGUGAAACAUCAAACACUAAAAGUAGUAAGCAUAUGCUGAUUCAUAGGAGCCCAGUUGAGACUGAGUCCGAAUUACAUUUUCAGACAUCUAGCAUAUUGAUCCACUUUUCAGAAUAUUCCCAAAGCAGAGGCACCAGGAUUUGCUUGUCCCUCCUUUUAGACCGCCAAAUCAGCAGUCUUGUGCUUGGCACAUUUCUUGUCGUAGUGCUGCUGAGCUACGUGUGUGUGUGUGUUUUAAAAAAACACCAACCCAAGUUUUCAUUAACUCUCUUAUUCUCUUUUGUAAAGAAAGUCAUUCUCUAGAGGUUAGAAUUUAUUGCGCUUUUCACAUGUGUGCUGACAUUUUUGCGAUGGCUUUGCAGUAUGUUUAUAUUGUGGUGUGGUUUAUGAAAGAGAGAAAGCCAAUAUUGUGUUUGAUAUUGAAGAGCAGCAUGGUAAAUUCACAUCACAGAUUACGGUAUAUGUAGGGUUUUUGUUCAGAAGCACCACUAUAUGUAAUGCUGCUGGCUGUAACAGUAUCAAAAUGUAAGCUAUGCAGUACCAAGAAAUACAUUCCCCUUAAUUUUGCACAUUCUGUACCUGAUGAGAAACUUAAUUUCAUGUUGGGAGCAAAAUGUUUAAUUCAAAUGGCCCAAUAGGCAUGUGUCUCCACUUCAGACAAUGCCCGAAUCCAGAAUCUAGGUGGGCUGCUUCAGAAUGAUUUGGAGUCUGUCCAAUGCAAAGCAGGGCUUCCCUGAAACCAGGCUGCUCCAAAAGUUUCUGCUCUUCAGAAGACUUAGAACAUUCAGAGAGCUGGUUUCAGUCUGUCUGUUUAGAAAUAGUUAACAUUUCACCUCCAAGCUCUUCAUUAAAAAACAACAACAGUGGAAAAGGAAGACUAUGGAGGUUGUCUUGUGACUGACAGCUCUAGCUUCCAGGCAGGAACUAACCAGGGCUGUAUCUUUUUUUGCUUCCAAACAGUGCUUUUGGCAGACCCUUCUGAAUACCUUGCUUGUAUAACUGGCUGUUGGGGAAAGUGGCCGGGGGUUGCAAGUUCUUCUUGAUGUUCAUUUAGUAUUGAAAUAUUAAGAGAAAACAUCCUGUUCUGCAUAAUUCAGCAAAUGUAGUUGGGAAAUGGGCUCAAUGGUGAAUGUCUACAAAUGUGUCACCAACAUGGAAAGCUUGGAAAGUUCUGCCCUGUAGUAAGAAACUUGUCUUAGAGAAUGGUUCAAGAGUUCAUGACUUUUAAAGCUGAGCAGGUCAAGGCCCAGGUGGGCGAUAGCUUGAGAGCUGCAUGUAAGCUGCUAUAAUGAUCUGGCUAUAAGUGCAAUGCAUAAAAUUGGCAAGAUAUAACAUACUAUUAAAACAUUAAAAAUGUUACACUUUCUCCUGAAUAUCCUAUGGUGUUGGUAGUUCCAUAAAUGUGCUUUGCUACAGGCACUGUCUUGAUCACCUUGCAUUAGAAAUAUUCACUGACUUUCAGCCAUAUACCCUGAAUUUUAGAAACUACAUAAUUUGGCAGUCAAGAAGAAAGGAAGGUUAAAAUUAUGUUUCACAUAUUGGUUGGCAUGACCUUCUUGUCACUUGAGUUUCCACGUUGAUAUUGACUAUUUUUAGGAAUAAUAAUAUCCCAUGUUGGCUAAUUCACAGAUGAAUACAUAUUCAGAGCUUAGCCAGUCUGCUUGAGCUAGAGGCUCUGGCUGUUUUCAUGAGCAAUGAGCACUGCCUGGAUUUCUGAAUGACCCUGUUCCAUUCAUGCAGUGAGCAGCAAAUAUCCAGUAAGGGAAAUCUUUUUCGUGCAUCAGUAGUUCUUGCCUGUAUGUUCUCAGCUGUUUUGUUCUUUGGGGAGCAAGAAUUGUUGUGUUCUAUAAUUGUCAAGAGGAUGUGGCAAGGGGGAAAAAGAAAAUUGCAGAUGUUCCAGUUUGGAUUACUUCUUGACUUCCUUGUAAAGGAGUUUAUUAGCUCUCCAAAAGUCAUUCAGAACUUAUGUCUUUGUCGGAGCACAGUUCAUAAGAGUUUUCAUUUGAAGUGGUCCCUUGUAAUAAGGUUUUAAGACAGAGAAGUUGAUGCAGACAUUCUGCCACUUUUCAUAAAGGCAACAGCAAUAGUAAUAUAAAAACCGUUAGCAGAUAACAGCUUCUUUGUGGCUAUCCUGGGAGUCUUGGAGCUGGACCUCACUCAUAACUGAAGAUCUCUCCUAACUUAUGAUAGCUCUGUCAAUUUAUUUUCCUUCAAAGUCAGAGCUUUAGUAGUUUACAAAAACCAUUCCAAAUCCUGUUGUUUUUCCUCUUUCAAGCUGAUACACCUUGUUCAAGUGAGACUCAUCUUUAUUUAUUUGCAUUUAUUUUAUUUAAAAUAUUUUGGCUCCUCCAUCCAAAAUGGCUUCUAUUCAAAACAGAAGACAAAAUAGCACAAAAUUUAAAACGUUAUAAAAACUUAACAUUACAUUUUUUCUCUUUUUUAAAAUAUGAUUUUGUUAAAGCUUUUUCAUAAUACAAUAAGAUAAAAGAGACUAAUCUGAAUAAAAACCAAAACAGAGAGAGAAAGGGAAAGGGAAAGGGAAAAGAGAACACAGUCUCUCUCAAAGGGUAGUUCUCAACCCUUGUCCCACACAGAAAGUGGUGAGGCCUUCCAGCUUUCACCUGGGAGCUUUCCUUUCUUCUACCAGCCUCCCAUUCUAGGUUCCAAUUCUUUUCCAGAACCAGAGAGAACAUGGGAGUUCCAUAGCCAUGGGUCUUCCCACUCAUGACUACCCACCUUAACUGACCAAGAGGGUGGGCGCAUCAGAAGAACCUGUGGAGCACAUCUUAAGGUGCAGGCAGGAUGAUAUGUUUGACCCAAACUGUUUAUAAACACUUCAUUAUUAGUGACAUAAUUCAUUCAUUGAAUUAUGAUUUAAUUCCAGUGAAUUAAUAAUUCAUUGGGAACUGGACAGGAACUGGGUAACAUUGCUGCUUGGGCAGGCAAAAGAGUCUAAAGUCCAAAAAAUGUGAGGGGGUUGUACAAGCUCAUUCAACCUUCUGUCACCAGCGUUCUCUUUAUUCCCUCCCUGCAUUUCCCCCUUUUGCCUGUCAACUUUGAGAGAGCCCGUCCUCCUCACCAACUUUCCCCUUUGUAUAGUUUUAGGUUCUGUUGGAAAGUUCUAAUCUGUCAUUACGUGGAACUUCUGCCUUGUCUUGCUUGACAAAAGGAUGCAGGUUUUAAUUCGUAGUGUCUGCUCCCCUGGUGGCAUGCAGUAAUUAGUUUUUUGUUCUGGAAUUGGAGGUGGGAAAUUGAAGUCAAGCUAGGAGCUUAUUAAUUGAAGUCAAAACUUUGCCUGCUAUGCAUGUAAGUCAGGGUUGCCACACACAAAGCCUAGCAAGGAGGUUAUCUGGCCGGUUGGGGUGUCCAACUGGAGUGCUCCUUGGCCUGCAUGGAUUCUUGAACCAUCUUGAAGGCUAGGAACAGCAAACCCUUAGGCAGGGCUGAUUCACCAGUAGUAGCUGCUACUUCUUGCAGCAGCAAAGACUGUUCCUUUUCCAUUUUGAGGAGUCUUUAGGAAUAUGGAGCAAAGUGGGUUGCAUUAGAAUGGAGUGCACAGUUUGCCAGCUUUUUCCUGGAAAGGGUUGGAAACGCCCUCUAGCUCUCUGGUGAUAUUGGAGAGCAGAACUCUCCCUACAUGUAAGAUAUUUGGAAGGUGAGCAGUGCCAUUUGGGGAGAAGGCAGCUUGGGGUUCUCAAAUAUUCAUAAUCUAAAGCUAAGUGCUGAAACUGGGUGGGGAGGGGCAGAGAUUGGUGGUUCAGGGGAGCAGUGGAGGGAUUUGGGGAGGCAAGAUAGCACCUUGAAAUUUGACCUUACGAGUAUGCUAGAUUUUUGCUAACUUGGUCCAACCACUUCAUCUGAAUCCAAGCUGGGACCUUGGACCUUGGAUGGCUUGGGUGACAGUUUGGCUUUCCAACGCAUUUCAUGUUAAUGCCUAGAUGUAAGCCAUGCACAGUUUUCUAGAUGUAGUUAUCCUUUUCUAGAAGCAUUUUAUAAUUUUGCUAUUUAAUAAUAUUCAUUUCUAUAAUCAUUAAGAUAUGUGAGACCUCUGGUGAUUUUAAUGUAUUACCUAGCACAAAACUUUGACAUCGGUUUGGAGGGGAUACCAAAUUUGGGAGUUAAUAUUUAAACACAGCCUUGUAUAUAAUGUGAGCUGUGGCAGGACCCCACAAAACAGUGGUACCUCUGGUUACUAACUUAAUUCGUUCCGGAGGUCUGUUCUUAACCUGAAACUGUUCUUAACCUGAGGUACCACUUCAGCUAAAGGGGCCUCCUGCUGCUGCCGCACCGCCGGAGCACGAUUUCUGUUCUCAUCCUGAGGUAAAGUUCUUAACCCGAGGUACUAUGUCUGGGUUAGCGGAGUCUGUAACCUGAGGUACCACUGUAUUGGGAAUGGACAGAUGCCUUGCAUUGCUCCUGGUACUGUGGCCACAUGCCUGUUUCACUACUGCUGUGAUCUGUUUACAUGGGCCAGUAUUAAUAUCAUGCCAUUAAUUCUAAUCCAGUGGUGACAGUAUUGAAAAACAAUGACAUAAGAAAAGGCCGAGGGCUAUAACAAACUCAGCUGCAAAUGAUCUGGCAAAUGUGGCAGAGAAUACAGCUGUGUCUGUUUUCAUAGAUGAAACAUUUCAAUUCAAGCUAUGUCGUGAUGAACAUAACUCAUACUUGAUUAACAGCCAAGGUUGUUGUUCAUGUAUGUCUUAUUGUCUAUUGACUGGAUGAGCUGUAAUAUUCUCCAAAGUGGAUUUUAUUGGCAUGUGUAGCAGAUCCCACUGCUCUGGCUACCAAUUGUGGCAGAUCCCACCUACGUAUGCCCUAAAUAUAGCCACCAUGUGUGAGGGUAAACUUAUAUCCUUGAAGACUCAGGCAGGAGUUGAACCAAUAAAGAAAGUUUUAUUUUACAGAAUGAAGUGUCAGGAGAUAAUGUUCUUUCAGGAAACUGUUAACUUAUUAAUAAUUAUACUUAAUCUUGUGGAUGAUACUGGCUUUUAAACAAGGUAAUAAAUGCACAGCUUCUUUUAAUUGUCAGCUGCUUAAUUCAGUUAUUACUCCUCAGUUAGAUGUUACAGGUUUCUAGACUAGAUGGUAAAUGCUCAGUUUAUUUCCACUUCUUUCACUUCAGUUCCUUAACUUAGUUGUUGUGUAGGUGUUACAGCUUAAUACUUUGGUUCUUUCUGUCCGUUUCCCAGCCUUUGAGAGAGCGUGUUCUCCUUCAUGGAGAGCACGUGUUGCGGUGGGGGCCGCCAGGACACUCCAAAGUUGGGGGCGGGCUAAUUGUUCCUUGGCCACUGAUGCGAUUGGGGCUUCCCUUGUUGUUGGGAAGAAGUUAAUGUUGCCAUUUGUUGAUUGACAGCCAGAAAUGCUAAAACUCCUUGCACGAGGCUAGGGCUUCCUCUUUUCGACAGUGCAUCGGAUUGCCCGCCCCCCUCCCUAGAAUUAGGGUUGUUCGCUUUGACCUUGCUAUGCCUGUCAUGGGGUCGUCUGCUCUUGGGGCAGGGGCCUGGUAGGAAUUUUGUCCAUCUGGCUGAUUGGCUGGGGCCAUUUGGUUUUUGCCUACUGCGUAGCAAAUCGUCACAACUUGUAAGGUUGCGGUUAGGCAUUGGUUUAUGGUUUGGUUGGUUGAGGGGAAGUGGUUGAGUGCCUGCCCUUGGUAGGUUGAGUGCCUGCCCCUCUAAUGCUGCUGCUGCAAGGGAUUCCGUUAAAGGAAUGGGGGCUAACUAUUGCUUGUCCACUCUGUCAAGGGGGCUCGGACCAUAGCAAUGAGCUCCUGGUUGCAUUUGGGGUGAGGGCAGGUUCCUGCUCCGCGUAACCCCAAGUGUAUUCCCUAUUCUGACUUUCGCAUCGUGCGGAAUGUCAGUCUGUCCCCCAUGGUGGGGGCAGAUAGUCGCAACCAAUGCCUAAGCAACCACUCACAAAUUUGUAUUUCAAUAAAGUUGUGGCCAAAAUUAUGCCAAAAAUCUUAAACAAAAAAUUCUGUGUGAUGUGUGAGUUAUUGGGGUGGCCCUGGGGACCUCGACACGCAAACUCCUUUCCCAUACUCCUGAGAUACCUCUGGCAGUCUAACAGACCCAGGGAAUCCCCACGCACCCCUUUUUUCCUGGUUUGGGAGUCUUCUCUUUCUGGAAGAUCCAGUGGCGUAGCAUGGGUUGUCAGCACCCGGGGCAAGGCAAGUAAUUUGCGCCCCCUAACCCAUGGAUUUGCGCCCCCUAACCCUAACCCCCAGAUGUUGCGCCCGGCCCCCCCUGCACCCCCCACGCUACGCCACUGGGAAGAUCUCUCCCCUCCUGACUGGAAGGAGACCCAAGGAGACCGUCUCCUCACAGCUUCUCCUUCUCCUGGCUCCAUCUCAGCCCUCCGGUUAACUCCUGUCUGAAUGCUCUCCCAAGACACUCAACACUGUCUUCCUAUGUAAGCUCAGAGACUCCUUUCUCUAGCUGUAGAUAUUUUUCCCUGGGUGGAUGUUACACACACAGACCAGGACCGACUCUCUUUCUCUCCCUCCUGCUCUCUCUUAAACCAUCUCCCCAUCAGAAUCCUCUCUCUGAAACAGCUCCUUUUAUUCUCCUUCCCAAAGUGCUGGCUCCGCCCACCCCUGUCUGUCUAGGUAGCCAAUCAGAGAGAGGCUACAUUCCAGCUGCGUAAAAGUCAGACUUUUCUACACCCACAUCUGUCUCUCCUCCACAUAGUCAAUCCAGAGGCCUUAUCACACUUGGAGGGUACACCCAGGCCCUGCAAGAACAUGGAGCAGGGCCAGGGAAGUGUGUGGCGUAGGGAGAAUUCUCAGGGUUGGAGGGCCACAUUUGGCUCCCCAUCCCUGGUUUCAGGAAAUGAGCCAACUUCAGGUUGUGAAAUAGAAACACUAACCAGUGGUGUAGCGUGGGUUGUCAGCACCCGGGGCAAGGCAAGUAAUUUGCGCCCCCUCUGCCCUAGGGGCAGAGAGCUGCGAGUGCGAGCGCACCCCCCCCAGAUGUUGCGCCCGGUGCGGCCGGCCCCCCCUGCACCCCCCACGCUACGCCACUGACACUAACCAGAGUUUUCAGUUCAGACAAAACAAGUCACCACAGUUAGCUGAAAAAGGAAGCGAAAAAUAUCCAGUCUACUCUUCACGCCUGUGGCAGCGGCAGACUGGGAGUGGGGGGGGGAGCAAGUUCAAGACUCCCCCAGGCUCAUUCCUUCAGCAAUUUAGAUUUAUGCCUGAGCAAAGUCAUUUAUCUUCAUUAAGGCUCAAUUCUAACAUUACAGGAAUGGUGUGGUUUUCUCUUUUCCUCGUGGCUCCAUUCUAUGCUACUUCAUGUAAUUUAAUACUAUAGUAUCUGGUUUGAGUUGUGCUGGUGGUUUUUUCCACUUGAUCCCGCACCUCUCAUGUUUUUGCUGUGUAUUCUCCAUCAGCUCAUAAAGUGACUAUGUCAGGGUGUGUGGAGAGGAUUAUUUCCAAACUAGACGGUACCUAUUCUGAGGAAUAGCCUCCUUCAGUCAUUCUUCUGUAGAAGUACUGCCUAGUUUGAAAAGGAUCCCUUCUACACUUUGACAUAUUUCGCUUCAUGAGUCAAUGGAGAAUACACCGGGCCACCUGUCAGUCUGCAUUCUGCCAUCUGCUUAGGACCUUUUAGCUUACUAACUUUGAAUGCAACUGCUUCUUCAUCUUCUUUUAGAAAACAGUAUCAGUUUUUCUUCCUGUUGUUUUUAUAAUGUCACCCACCUGGCAGAUUGUGUGCCACUUGGAGCAAUUUUGUUUUAGAAAAGUGUGGCAUGAACUGGCCUUAACACAGUCACCAUUAGGAACCAAGGCUUCCAAGCAGACCCCUAUCAGGCACUUUGAGCAGUUCAAACAGUUCAGAACACUUGAUAUACUGUAAAUUAAUUUGCAAAUAAUAUUCUGUUUGUUUGAGCAUCACUUACAUUCUAUUUCCUACCUGAAAGUACAUUAAAAAAAGAAAACUCCAGGUGAUUACCUCCCAGUACACCUGGUUUGUCUCUGGUGGCAGUGCCUGAAACACUUUUAUAUACUGUACUAGUAAGCAUUUCAUUAAACUAAUGAAUGAUAUCACGGGCUAUGAAUAUAUAGACCUUAUGAUCAUUCUGUGAUCUGAAAGGAAAGAUGAAGAGAUAUGAUCUCAAGGUCACACACUCCAUCUUGUGUACAUUUUCAGACUGAAUCUUUCAGUCAGCAGUAAGGAGUGAAUAUUUUCAUGUUUAAGGUUACCAUAAAAAAGCUGCCAGAUAACUGACUAAUUAUAAAAUGUCACAGAUGAAUAUCAAUUGGAUGAUAAAUUUAAGAAAAAAGUUUAUUAAUUUUGGGGAAAACAGUUUAAUGAGAAUCUUCAGCCAUAUUACUUGUUUUCUCUGCAGUAAACUUUGCUGCCAAAGCCAAUAAGCUCUCUUGUUGCUCUGAUCAUGGGGUGUCCCCUAUUAAACCCAUACACUAAUAGAUUUGUUGUGCUUUAGAAAUAAAUGCCGUAGUAAUAGUUGGCAAAAAUAAAACUCUCCCGUCCUCCUCUCUGUUUGUCUUUGGUUGCCUUACUUUGGCCCUCAUGCCUAUACUGAGCACACAGGUCCCAAAAUGUUGAAUCUCUCCUAUCACUUUGAUCAUGUGGCACCCUUUCCUUAAACAACUACAUUGGUUUUCUGUUUGCUCCCAGAUCCCAACACACUUUACUGUUUAACCUCAAAGCCCACGAUGGCCUUGCCCCCAUAUCUCCCCAUUGCAUUUGCUUGUCCAGCUCCCACUCUCAGCUGGCCAAAUGUCUCCUAUUCCCUACAGUGCCUUAGCUAUUCCCCUUGCCACUCCUUUCUACAGUCAUACCUCGGGUUACAGAUGCUUCGGGUUGUGCGAUUUCGGGUUGAGCACCACACCAAACCCGGAAGUACCGGAACAGGUUAGUUCCGGGUUUCAGCGUAUGCGCAGAAGCACGAAAUCAUGCUUUGCACAUGCACAGAAUUGCAACCCGCGCGUGUACAGAUGCAGCGGGUUACGAACAUGCUUUCCGCACGGAUCACGUUCGCAACCCGAGCGUCCACUGUACUUGGAACUUCCUAGCAGAACAACUUUGUGAGCAAUAUUUAGCAGAACUGUGUUUUUUAGACCUGCAGAUGUAUGUUUAUUUAUAUAAAAAAAUUCUGUACAGUUAAGAAUUAAAUUUGUUAUGGAGGUCCGUUCUUAACUUGAAACUGUUCUUAACCUGAGGUACCACUUCAGCUAAUGGGGCCGCCACGCCGCCACGCGACUUCUGUUCUCAUCCUGAAGCAAAGUUCUUAACCCAAAGUAUUAUUUCUGGGUUAGCAGAGUCUGUAACCUGAAGCGUCUGUAACCCAAGGUACCACUGUAUACCACCAUAUCGUAAGAAAUAUCAAAGUGGUUAUCUAUCUAUCUACAAAAUAGCUACAAAAAUUAAAAUCAGGGACCAACAACUAACACAAAAAUUGUCCAGUAGCAUCUAAGAGACAAACUAAGUUUGUUCUUGGUAUGAGCUUUUGUGUGCAUGCACACUUCUUCAGAUACACUGAAACAGAAGUCACCAGACCUUUAUAUAUAGUGAGAGGGUGGGGAGAGGUAUUACUCAGAAAGGUGGUGGGAGUGGGUGAUUGGCUGAUAGGUGUAGUAAAACUGUUGACGACUGUUGAUGACUGCAAUUGGUCUUACAGGAAAAAGCAAAGGAUGAGAUGGCCAUUAACCAUUUGCUGUUGAGUUAUUCAUUGUUUUCCUUUUAUUUCAUCUCAGGACAUUUUUGACCCAAAAAUCUGCGAUGUAAUUUUUACUGAAGAUGCCAAGAUGGACUUUGAAUAUAUGAAGAAUUCUGAGUCCUCAGUUUGGUACGUUAAAAUUAAAUCAUCUAUAAAAAGGCUGCAUUUCUGUAGGAAUUAACUUCUUUUCCUGCUAGACACACAUUUACUCAGCUUAGAUUUCAAACUAUGCUCACAGAAUAAUAUAUCAGGAAGUUUUUAAUGUUUGUUUUUUUGUUGUGCUUUUAUUAGGUUGGAAGCCACCCAGAGUAGCUGGGGCAACCCAGUCAGAUGGGUGGCAUUGAAAUAAUAUUUUAUUAUUAUUACUAUUGUUACUAUUAUUACUAUUAUUUCACCAGUAAAUUUUUUAAUAGGUCCGACUGGUAAAAAAAUUAAAUAGGUCAACAAAUGAUUGUCUGUGUAUACAGAUUGUCUUCAGUUUGGCCUAAUGUGCACUAUAUUCUGUAAUUAAUACAAUUCACCAAGGGAUAGAUUUCUUUGUUCGUUUCAGAGUUUUCUAGAAGUCUAGUCAGAAGAUUUUAUAUUUAAAUGGUUACUGGUCAAUUUAGACAAGUUUGUUAUCUGAAGAGUAACUUGAUAUGAACAUGGUAUAUGAACAUGUUUAUAUGAAUACUUUUCGGUCAUAUUCCAAAAUUGUGUUGUUUGUAGAUAAUCAGAAAUGUUUUCUUCAACAAUGCUGCACAUGAUUUUUAUAUAUGCUGUUGAUUUUACAAGCCCUGUACCCUGGAACAUGAUAUUGUAAAUGCAUGACAUGACUGAUGUUUUCAAAGAAAACAAAAAUGGUUUUGAAAAGUAACAGUAAAUAUGAGAAAUGGUGUCAUAAGACUUUUUAAAAAUAACAUUUACAAACGAGCCAAUAUAAAUGAUGACGAAAUUCAAUCAUUUACCAAGAGCACUCAGGCUUCAGAUUUACUAAUAAAUAUCAGAAUCUUCUGGCAGUUCCUUGUGCCCUCCUAAAAAAUUUAAGAUGGUAAACAUCAAAUUUGGGUGACUUUCUGCCCUAUCAUUUUCUGAUGGAUGACUUUUUUAAAUGAAUAUCUGAAAUGUAGCAGAUAUCUGAAAAACUAUCCACUACUUGGAAUAUACCAAUGAAUCUUGACAAUCAGGUUUAGAAAAAAGGAAAAAAAGAUGGUGGUAUCUUAAACACUUAACAAAGUUCAAUGCAGAGAAGCUUUCAUACCCCAAAACUCAUUUAGCCAGAUGCAUCAAGUGUGCACCUCAGUGCAUAAAUUUGUGUAUAUGUGUGCACAUGAGCGCACACACACCCUUCUAUUUUUUAUGCUCAGACUACCCUUACAUGGACUUUUGUGAUUCUUUCCUCAGGAUGCGUCUAGGAAGGAUACAUUAAUGCAGUGGCGAAGCUGCAUGCUCCAGCACUGGGGGUGGAGAGCAGGAGGGGGUGUGGCUGGCGCACAUCCCAGGGGCGUGGCACGUCACCCACGGUGGCAUGGCGUGUGUCCUGGGGGCGUGGCAUGCCACCUGUGGGGGUGUGGCGUCCAUCCUGGGGGUGUGGUGUGCUGCCCGCGGGGGCGUGGUGGGGUGUCAGGGGGUGGCCGCGAUGGUACCCCCCUCCCCAAUGGUGCCGGGGCGGUGUGCUCCCCCUGCCCCCCCUUUCCUCCGCCAGUGCAUUGAUGGGGGUUUCUUUAAACCCCUUUCCUUCCUGCUGUUUUCCACCCCAAAAAAUCAGUCCAGAGAAAAUGGGCAAAUCAGAUUUUAGUGACAAUAAAUUCCUGGCCAUGCAGUUUCUAGUUCCUGAGUAAACACAGAGUUCAAUACGUGCCAAAGCACGUUAGAAUAUCUGCGAAGGAACACACUAGGGAUGCAGGCAGAGCUAACUGUGCAAAGCACAUGCCCCCCUCCCCUUCAAUACAGGUGUUUAGUCGGAAAGCCAAGUAUAGAUUGUACAAUGGUGCCUUGCAAAACAAAAAGAAUCCGUUCCGCAAGUCUCUUCGUCUUGCGGUUUUUUCGUCUUGCGAAGCAAGCCCAUUAGCGGUUUAGCGGAUUAGCGCUAUUAGCGGGCUUAGCGGAUCAGCUGAUAAGCGGCUUAGCGGAUCAGCUGGUAAGCGGCUUAGUGGCUUAACGGAUCAGCUGUUAAGCGGCUUAGUGGCUUAACGGAUCAGCUGUUAAGCGGCUUAGCGGAUCAGCUGAUAAGCGCCUUAGUGGUUUAACGGAUCAGCUGUUAAGCGGCUUAGCGGAUCAGCUGAUAAGCGGCUUAGCGAUCAGCUGUUUAGCGGCUUAGCGGAUCAGCUGAUAAGUGGCUUAGCGGCUUGGGGAAAAGGGGGGGGAAAGGAAAAAAACCCCGCAGGAACUCGCAAGACAUUUUCGUCUUGCGAAGCAAGCCCAUAGGAAAUUCGUUUUGCGAAGCACCUCCAAAACGGAAAACCCUUUCGUCUAGCGGGUUUUCCGUCUUGCGAGGCAUUCGUCUUGCGGGGCACCACUGUACAUACCGUAGAUCCUAAUACGCCUAUAAUGAAUGAUGGAAGGAAAAAGGGGGUGAGCAUUGACCCACACGCUAGUCAUUUUCUCACCAUAACAUGAGUAAAUGGCAUUCCAUUUUGUUCUUUAGGAACUGGACUAAAAGUUUGCCUCUUGUUCAUUCGGUUCCCUGGUGUAUUCAUUCUGUCUUUUAAUCAUGGCUGCUUGUUCAUAGAUGUAGCUAACAAGGAGGCCGAACUUAUGUAACUGGAGUUGUACCUGUGCUUCCACAGACAGCUAACACAAACUAGCUAAUAGGGAUUUUUUAUUCCAGUGUUCUUCAGCCUCAACAGCUGAAACCGAUGACUGAUUGAUGUUCCUAUUUGUUCUAAUAGCCAUCACAUUCUGCGUGGCUUAAAGGCUACAAGCCAAGUUCUAUAAUACUGAAACAAAACCAAGUUGUGUAACACUGAAAAUUCAAGUGGAAACCAACUGUGUGGUGCUAUAUACUUUCAUACCCUUUCCCACAAAAAAUAAUAUGGAUUUAUAUUGAUCAAAUCUUGUACUUUGUUGUUCCAAUAAAGAACAAACAGAAUUCAUUUUUCAGAAACGUAUUAUUUUGCUGCCUACCUCUUCUUACCCUGGUAAUAGUUACCAAUUUCAUCAAAGAAGCCAUAUCCCAACUGCUGAUCAACUAUAAAUCAGUAGAAAGCGAAAGAGUAUUUUCUCAGUUUUGGUAUAUUGCCAUUUUAGCCUCAACCUGUACAUGAACUAUCAGUUCAAAAUCAUCAUUUAAUACUGUACCCUUAAGAUGGCAAAUCUACGUUGCAACAGGAUCUCUGGGGAGAUCUUGACCCAUAAUAUUUUAUUUCUGUCAGUGCAGUUUCUCAAAAUGUCUUAAUCUAUAGACAAGCCCAUAUAAUAUGAAAUGUAUUUGUUCCAGGUGCCUUGCAUCUCCAGCCCUGACCACUAAGCCUUGGACAGAUCUUGUUUAUUCUGGCUGGUAUCAAAUACCACCUAUCUAAUAUUGUAGAAAUGUUUCUUUGAGAUUCCCAAACCAUGUGCAUUUAUCCAGUGAUACAUAUCAAAUUCCUAUUUCACUCAAUAGUUUCCAUAUGGUCCUAAAUUUGCUAUUAUUUUAUAAAUCAGGCGUUAUGCGCUAUGCAGUUGGUUAGCAGUUGAAAUUAAUAUUUCAAAACUUGUGUGAUUCCUUAAUGAAAUGUGAAGCCUUAGUAAUCUAUUUGUAAUAUGCCCAUUUGGAAAUAUUGAAGAAAGAGCAGCUGCUCUUGACCCAGGAUCCCAUUUCACCUGAUAAAAUAUAUUUACCAAUCCUUCCUUUAUUAUUAUCCUAAUUUGAGCAUUCCAUGUCUCUCCUUAAAGCUUCAUGUCACCCAAUAAGACUUUCUUAUCACAUUCAGCAUUGUAGUAAAUUGUAGUGAGUGGUGAUAAACCCAGGCUUUUGCCAGUAGCAGGAAAACGUCUGCUGAUAGAUCAUUUUUUUAACCCAUAUUUUAGGUGCCCAAGCAUGGCCAUGUUAUAAUAUUGUUUGAUAUUCAGGAAUGCCAGCCACCUAUUUUUAAUUGCUGAUGAAGUAUGUUAGAUAUAAUUCUGGAUUAAUCAAUUAAUCAUUCAGUCUAAGGAGACUUUUAACAAUAGAAACGAAAUACAUUGUACUAUGCUUAUUUUAAUAACUGAGUUUCUUCCUUUCUGAGAAAGUGUUGAAUUUUCCAGACUGGACAGAUCCUCUUUUACCCUUUGUCUCCUUUUAUCAGGUUAGAGUCAUUAAACUCCUGAGUUAUCCAAAUCCCAACGUAUCUAGCUGAGAUUUUCUUCCAUGGAAUUAGAUGUCUUUGGCAAUGUCAUACUUAGGAUUCUUCUGCAUAUGAUACCCCCAAUUAUUCUGAUGUUUGGAAAUGAAUUUUGUACCCAGAGAUCUGGCCAAAUUCAUCUGAGAGUUUCACAACCUUUGCAAAUGAUCCCUCUGGCAAUAUUAUAAGUUACACAAUCUGCAUAUAAACAGAUUUUAAAGUGAUUUACAUCCUACCCUCAACCCUCAACUAAUAUAUAUAUAUAUAUAUAUAUAUAUAUAUAUAUAUAUAUAUAAAGUUCUUAAUGGCUGUAAUGAAAUCUCCAGUAAUAAUGGCAAUGACAGGCGUUCCUGCUAGGAGCCUAGAGUCAUAGCUUCAAAGAUUCAUAUUUUACUCAUAAAGGUUGUCGGAUUGGUGUAAAUCAUUUUAAUAGGCAAGAGAAUGACUUGGGGUUAUUGAAAGCACCUGAGAGAGCUGGAGCAAUUAGAAGUGCGCAGCCCCACUACCUUGAAUGAGUUCAGAAAUAGGCUGAGCUGUUUCCCUCCAAGAUGAGGUUAUUUCUAACUCAGUUCAAAUUUGGCCUGCCCCCUAAUCUGCAAUGCCUACUUUUUUCUUCACACCCAAAUGUCCACAGAGGGAGCAGCAUUUCCCUCCUGUCCCCACCUCCCCACCUGUCCUGGCAUGCCACAAUGCAGAGCUCUUUGCCACAACAAAUUCCCAUUAUUCUCUGAAGGGUUUGGAUGAUGUUGCCGCAUGUAUACCCCAUCUUUUCCUCCAAGGAGCUUUAAAGUGUCAAACAUGGCUUUCUCUUCCCUGCUUUAUUCGGGCAGCUGCCCUGAAAGGCUGAGAGUCAGUGGCUGGCCCAAGGUCGGCCCAUGAGUUUCGUGGCUGGCUGCAAGUGUGCACUCCUAAUAUGCCUCUUGGUCACCUAGUCCAAGAAUGUCCAACUGGUCAAUUGGGAUCAACUGGUUGAUCCCCAAGAGGUUUUGGUAGAUCGCGGUUGAUCACUGGCUCCUUUUCCUUUGCGGUUGCAAAUGAGCAUCCAGUCCCACCCCUCGCCUUGUCCUCCAUUUGCACAUGAACGCUAGGACGGAAGACAGAGUUUUUGUUGUGAUGCUGACUGUUUCCUUAAGCGAUCUUUCUGUGAGCGAGUUUUCCCCUGCAAAAAAGUUCAAACCUGAACCCCCCCCCCCCGAAAAGGGGUAUAUCACUGCCAGUUUUUCAUUCUGUGAGUAGAUCACAGUCUCUUGGGAGUUGGAUGUCCCUGACCUAGUCCAUUGGUAUUCCUGGGGGUAAUGUGGGGUUAGAACUGGGAGCAGCGCCAGAAUUUGGGUGGUGUGGGUGGUUCACCCCACACAGGGUGCUGAGUCAAGGGGGUGCAUAUUAUUAUUAUUAUUAUUAUUAUUAUUAUUAUUAUUAAUGAUAAUACUACAGGUACCUACUGAGAAGAUUCCUAACAAAGCAACUGCACCAAAAGGAAUUAUUGUGAAAAUAAGAAAUAUUUAGGAGGGGGUGCCAAAUUUUGUCCUUACUCAGGGUGCCAUAUUACCAAAGUCUGCUCCUGCUGGGGGGUCCAAGUUUCAAAUUUGGCCUUGGCUACAAACUGAGCCAGCUGCUAUUUUCUCCGUUACAACCCACCCCCCACCCCACCCCCCAAUAUGUACUAACCUACAUACCUUGCAAAACAUUUGUGGGAAUUACUGAACUAGCAGCCAUUUACUUGAAAUGCAUUAUAUAAAUAUUUAGUUUUAUUAUAAUAAGAAAUUCAAUAUAGUUAAUGCAUAGGCUGCUGUACAGCAGGAGCAAAAAACAAAAGGUCCACUAAGGUUAUAAUCCAAAGUUUCAAUAUGUGCUGGGUUCAGGGAGAUAGAAAGGAUGUUUGGGGUUUAUUUUUUGUUAUUAAGGGAGGAACAAGAGAACAAAGGCAGCUUCCCCCACCUCCUUCAUUUUCAGAGUACUAAAUGUCCAAUUUUAUGUUUUGAUGUAUACAUUUAAUUUCAUUAUAUGUCAUGGUGAGGGAUGGAAACAGUUUGAAUCUCAAGGAGCCAGUCCAACGUCUUUUGGAGCCUGUGAGGAGCAAAAUGUUUGGACUUGCUCUGGUGUGAAGAAAGAGAAAGGGACAGAGAGGGAGGUGGAAGUUCUGUGAAAAUUAAAAAUCUGGAAAAGAAAAGGCAGGAAAGAGAAGGCUGGGAAGUACUAAGAUAAGAGAAUGGAAUGGAAAAGGAAGAAGCUCAAAGGAAACAGAGAAAUGGGGAGAAGGUUGUAGCUCAGUUGUAAAGCAUCUGCUCUACAUGCAGAAAGUUCCCAGAAAGUUGAGUCCCCAGAAUCUUCAGGUACAGCUUGGAAAACUCGUGUCUGAAACCCCGAAGAGCUGUUGCCAGUCAGGGUAAACAACACUGAAUUAGCAGGACCCAAUGGUCUGACUCUGCAUAAGGAAGCUUCCUAUAUAGUGUUAAGCCUGGGCAGCCUUAUUUGCAUAGUAUGCAAAUCAAGAUGAUCUCUUCGCUGCAUUGCCCAGUUGAUGUGUGCCUUCUUCCUGGCAGCUAGCACCACCGAUUGGCCAGGAAUCAAAGGAAACACAUUUUUACCUGACCACUUGUAGCCUGAAAUGCCUAGGUUGCUUCCCAACACUAUGAGAUAACUGGGACCAUGAAGUUGUCUGCACCAACAAUUGGGAAUUAUCUGAACACACUACUGCAGACCACAGUGCAGAUAGAGGAGGCUAUGGUCUGACCUAAUAUAUUCUAACAGGGAUCAUUGCCAACAGCAUGAUGAUAAUGAUAAUAACAAAUAUAUAUUAUAUUUAUACCUUGCCAAUCUGGCAAUUUAUACCUUCCCCAGCCACUCUGGGUGGCUCAAAGCAUAUAUCAAAACACACUAAAACGUCAAACAUUAAAAACUUCCCAAUACAGGGCUGCCUUCAGAUGUCUUCUAAAAGUCAAAUAGUUGUUUAUUUCCUUGACAUCUGAUGGGAGGGCGUUCCACAGGGCAGGUGCCACUACCGAGAAGGCCCCUCUGCUUUAACCUCACUUCUCGCAGUGAGGGAACUGCCAGAAGACCCUCGGAGCUUGACCUCAGUGUCCAGGCUGAAUGAUGGGGGUGGAGAUGCUCUUUAGGUAUACUGGGCCAUGGAUAUACUUCUGUUCCACCUUGCUGUUCCUGAAUGUGCUCUUUAAAGAUUCCCUAUCAAAUUUAUACAUAGCAGCUGAGCAUGUUCAGUAGCAUUUAAGUGUGCAAACCUUACAUGUGUGAAAGUUGUUGCAGAAUUGUGCCUUGGGUUCUCAUCAUGCAUUACAGUUUGAAGAAAGCAUUAAAAACAUUUUUUUAAGUUAAAUGAAUGCACACAUGCAAAUCACUGAUGCCACUUAACUCUGAAAUAUCAUUUUGUUAAGCAGGUAA